CAGUAGGGGAAGAGGGUCGGCCGCCGAGGGGGUCGCUGCUCGCUCUCUGCUGGCGCGGAGGCUCGCUCGCUCGCCGUCCCCGGAGGCGCCCUCCUUCUUCUUCGCCGCCGCCGCGUUUCCGCUCGACAUGCGCGGCUUCGGCGUGCGCUGAUUUCCCGCGAGGGGUAGAGCCGCCGAGCGAGGAACCAGGCAGGCGCUGCUGCUGCCUCCAAUGUGGGGAUCGCCGUCCGACGAGAGCACCUGGGCAGCUUCGUGGCCGGAGUCCUUCUCGUCGAGGGUGAGUCUGUGCUGCAGCAGAGACAGAGAGAGGGGGAAAAAAACGGAAUUGCUUUCUGUGGUGUGGGGCGCUUUAUGCAGAAUCCCUCAAAGGAGGUCGCAGGAUCGCCCCCCCCCGCCCUCUUAGCAUCUCCUGCCACUCUCCAAGAAAAGUCCCCAGAAACUGGUUACUGGAAUAGGAAAUGUAGCUAAAACAAGCAACUCGCCCCCUCCACAGACCUUUAACUUCUACCAGUGAUCAUCAUCUUUUCAGAUUUCUCAGUGGUAAGUUUUAGGCUGAGGGGCUUUAACCCCCCCCCAAUUUACUUAAGAGUAAAUCCCACUGUUUGUUUAAAAAAUGUUUUAAUUGAAGAUUUUCUUGGGUGACAAAAGUGCCAUCGUCUCUGUUUUCAGGUCAUAAAGUCCUUUCUACAGAUCGGUUAUCUUCGAUGUGAGACGUUAAUGUUGUAUAUAGUUUAAGUUUGGGGGAGAAGAGAGGUGGGGUAAACCCCACUGUGGACUGCGUCUUGCGUGGAAUGUUACUUCGCCUCUUUUAUAUACGUGCAUUUUGAUUCGGGCUUGUCAAGGUGAAUUACGGAACCGAGAAACGGAGUACUAGUUAACUCUCAUUGGGGUAGAAUAGCGAGAGAGUGCUCUCCUUUCUCGGUGUAAGGGAUACAGUAUUCAGUUCAACCCGCCGUUGCUUAUCUUUGGAAAAAGGUGAGUGCUUUAGGGUUGAACCCCCUAACGCCGCAGACAGUCCACUUUUGCAGGGAGUAAGCCCCUUUGAACUCGGUGGAGCCUACUUUUGAGUAAGCACCCAUAGACUUGGAUCUGCAAGAAGAAAGGGCUACAGUAUGCAUGCAUUGGUGUGUGGGUGUGCAAACCCAGAAUUUGGAGGGUUUUGCUUGCAGAAGAAUCAUGUCCAGAAUGGGGUUGGUGCAACUUUUUGCUGUAACUUUCUCAAGCAGCUUUUAAUUUUUAACUUUGCAUGGCUAUGCCUUCUUCAUGCCCCCCCCAACCACCACGAAGAAAUAUAAGUAUCAGGAAUGGAACAUAGCAUUAGGAACUAGUGAAACUGUUUAUUAUAUCAAGGUCAGGGUAUGUGUGUAAUUAAAUCUCUUUGCACUUUUUUAUUUAAAAAAAAGAAGCUAUAUUUAUCUCUUAUGCCCAUAGCAAUAAGCUGUUUUGCUGCGAUCAAAAGGAUGCGUUUAAAGAGCACGCAGCCAGUGUGGCAGUUGCUACGGAAUAUCUGCCACUUUAUAUAUUUAUUUAUACAGUCCAUGCAAGGAAAGCUCCCAUCUGUCUUUCUAGCAGCGGGCCAUGGCUAUAGAUGGGUGUGAGUUUCAGGGAGUCUGCCUGAAUCAGGCUCCAGAUGUGUGAGCUCAGCUGUUGUCUGUCACUUGGGUGACAACUGGCUCCCCCCCCCCCAAUACAAGCAAGGCUUUGCUUUCUCCAUUAUCCUCAGUCAAGUGUCAAUGUUUCAACUCCCUCCUAUUAUUUUGUAUAUACAGGGCAGCCCCGCGGGAGUUCGUUUGGCGAUCCCUAACAAUAUGUCUGGGUCUUGGUUCUUUAAAGUUGUAAAGGGAUGGGAGGAACAUUUUUAACUCUUGAAGGUGAAAACCAUCUAAAAUUCAGUUUUUAAGGUACAGCGUUAGCCUUCGCUACUUUACUUAGAAAGUGCAACGAACAUUAAUCUCCCCUCCCCUUUCCAGACAACAUUGAGCCUUAGCUUGGAAAUCUAAAACUUAAAGCAGUAACCAUUUAUUUUGGCUGACUUGGCUGGGGGGGGGGCACUCAUCUUAAGGUGUAUAUGUGGCUAUGUUUGGGCCUAGCUCAGAAAUCUGUCACUGUUCCCACAGCUGGGGGUUAAGGAAAACAAAAUAAAGCUCUUUUUUGUACUAGCUUUAGUGUUUUUAAAUGCCAUCAACUGGGAAGCUUGAAGCACAGUGGGGAAGAUUUUACAACUCCCAGCGCAAUCUUGAUGCAGAAGAUUUAAAGGCUCGCCCUGUGUAUUUCCCACAUACUAAAACAAAAAGGUGACAAAAAUAAAUGGCUAUCAUGCCUUUUUCUAUAGCUUGAGGUGUGAUUGAGAACACUGACCUUUAGCUAGCUGUUUCCCCACCCACUUUGCCUGCAGCAAAUUUAGCGGAAUCUAGGUUUUUAAGAUUCAUUUGGCUCUGCCAUUUCCCAAGUAUUUCAGUUCAUGUAGAAGGUUCUGUUUUCAGUUGCUCACUCAAGGAAUUGUUUAGUCUUUAUUGAUGCUUAAGUUUUAAAAGUAAAUACUCCAGCAACAGACAUGGAUUUCCCCCCCUGUUUUUUUUCCUAGCAAAAGCUGGUAGAAAGUUAAAAACAAUUACAGCUUGAUCCUGUGAAUGUUUACUUGGAAAAAGUUCCACUGCACUAAAGGGGGCCUCAUGACUGUGUAAGCCUAAAGCUGUAAUCCUGGGCGUCUUUAGUUGGGAAUGAGUCCCAUCAAACUCUGUAAGACAUAAACUUCCAAGUUAACUUUGCUUAGGAUCACAAUGCAAGUUGUAGAUUUUUUAAUUUGGGAGCUACAUGGCUAUUUUCUCUUUGUAUUCACAGAUAUUGUAGUUGGGUCAGCCUUAGUUACCUAGGCAAACUUUAACAUCAGCUGGGUGGUGGAGGAAACCUUACAGGGUUAAUAGCUGAGCUAUUAAGAUUGAAGUCAGAUGUGGCUAAAAGCAACAGGGGAGUCUGGAUUUCCCUAAUAUCCUGUAGUAUAACUGAAAAGGUAAUUGUAUUUUAAAGGUUUUUUUUCUUUAAUCCACACUGUUUCUAUUUAGGACUUUAAAAAAGAAAAGCUAAAUGGAACCCCAAAAUGCUUUAAUUCAGUGGUAAACUGAGAAUUAGGUGAAGAUGAGAUUUUAAAAUCAUGCAGUAUGUGAAGAUUUUGCACAGAAAUGAAAGUAAUCCCAGAAUUUUCUUGUUUAAAUGACAAAGUUUGCCACUAUGGAAAAAUAGGAUGUAGAAUUGUUACAUCCACGUGAGUAGAAAAUGUUAUUAGAGAGUAUUGAUAAUAAAAUGUUUAAUCGAGAACAUUAUACUUGUCAGAGAUGUUGAAAUAUUUUGUUUCUUGCUGGUUGGAUAACUGAGGCGUACUUUGGCGAAACAAAUGCUUCUCCCUUGGUUGUUAACUGUUUGGUCUGUCUCCCCCUAUCGUCUGAGAAAAUCCAUGGGUUUAGUGUAUCUUAAGUACAUUGGAAUCUCUUAUUUGCUCAUAACUGGCAUGGGGACUCUGGGGAGUUUUAACUCUGGGGGAAAGAGGGCCUUGUGGUAAUUGUGCAUGAACCUCAGCUCAUUGCUGUACACAUGUGCUUGACUGAGCAACAGUCACCAAAUGUCAUGGGUAACCAACAGGGCGUCUUUCAUGUGUUGUGGGAUUCCAACUCCCAUCAGCCGCAACCUGCAUGGCCAAUGGCAAAGGGUGAUGGAAGUUGUCAUCCCGCAACAUCUGUAGGGCACCAUGUUUGCUACCCCUGCCAUAUGCAGUAGGAAUGACUUCAUUUGCAUCAGCAGCUUCACAUGAAAAAUAAAAAAAAAAGGAAUUGGGCUAACACAUACUCUGCCUUCAGUAGAAAACUAAGGUACUGAAAGUGACUCAAAGGCCUAUGCCACACGUAGACCUGCCACCCUCUGCAGUAGGGUCGACAUUUUCCAAUAGUGGUAUGGGAGUCAGCAACAGAGAAAUUCAAACCCCAACCUGACAUCCUGGAGGGGCUUUGGAUGUUGUGGAGACAUCCCUGCUGCUUGAGGGCCUCUGCCACAGCGAAAAGCCCCACUGUGCCCACUGAAAGUAUGGGCAGGCAGAACUAAUGCCAGCUCAAACCCCUGAAAUGAGGUGUUCUUGGGGAAGAGGUAGAGCUGAACCAGCCAAGGAUCUCCUGAAUCCUAAGUCAGUCUAGCUACUGGUGAUGGGCCCAGUUCUGGCAUAGCCACUCCAAAAUGGAGGGGAAUACCUACUAUCCUCUGCCUUGACCAGUGUGAGCAACAGAGCUUUGGGUGUAGUGGUGGCCUCUCUAGUUCAUUCGACCAUGCUGCUCCCCAGCCAGAAGUUGGGUUUGCUAUUUCACAUUAUGCCUGUGAACAAACAUAACAAUUUGUACCUGACUAAUGGCUGUGGCAAGGGAAAAGGAGGUAAACUUUGGAUGCAAAAGGCAGUAUAUAGCUUUUUCUGGUUAGGUUGUCUGCAAUCUUAGAGAAGUGGGGGACCUUUAGCCCUCCAUAAGUUACUGAACUACAGCUCCCAUCAGCCCUAGUAAGCAUAGCCAAUGGCUAGGUAUGAUGGGAGUUGUAGUUUAGCAAGAUCUAGAGGGCCAAAGAUUUCCCAAGCCUACCCAGAGAGCUGCUACCAUUCAUUGUAGGCAAUACUGAGCUAGAAGAACCAGUGGUCUGACUUGGUAUAAGGAAUGUUCUGUGUUUUGGUGAGCAUAUCUAGUCUCACCAUUUGACCAAAAUGAUUGUAAUCCUAAAACUAAACUGUAGCUUGUGAUUAUUAUUAAUUUUUGGUCUUAUUGUGCCUUGAUAUGAAUGAGCCUUUUGCCUGCUCUCCAUUUUGUCUGAACCAAGUAACUUUGCCUACCAGGUUUGGAACCAUCCAGAUUCCUAAACCAGCUGUAGACUGUGGUUUAGAUUUCAGUGUUACUCUGAAGCAGUUGACCAUAGCUAUGGUCAGAGGUUUCCUGGUUUAAACACAUGUGUAGUGGAAAGGCUUGUCCAUGUCUCAGUUUAAUAAGCAGAACUGUGCUUGUCUGAAUGCAACCAAAUACUUGGCUAGUUGCUUCACAUCACAUUUUCAGGGCCCCUUAACGCUAGUGACAUACAGCCAUUCCAAUUUCUAGAUAACAUAUCAGGGUAUAUGUGUGUGUGCUUGCCCUUUUCUCACCUUUUAUUGUCUUUGCUAUCUACCGUCUUUGUUUACUUUUUAUCUUAGCCAGACCGACUUAUCAUUCCCCUCACAGUGAUUAUUACCUCUUCCUUCUCAGAAGUUGGAAUAUUCACAGAUGUUCUGUGACACUACAACACUAUUAAGGCACUAGUGUUAUGAGAUGUACUUGUGGCAUCAUUUUAAGAUUAAGUUUUGAACAAUAAGGCUAAUGUUAGCAGUUGCUUUGACGAUGGACCCUAGAGGCUCGUUCAUGUAUAAUUUGUCAUUGUUUCCAAACAAACUUUCAGUAGCAAAUAUUGUGGGAUAGCUGUUGGAUAUGUGUUCUCUAAAUCUGAACAGAAUUUAACCAUGUGAAACAAUUUGUGUAAGGCUUUUAUGUAAGGCCAAGUUUGUUAACUCGGCCAGCUUUAAUUGUUCGGUUUAAUGGAAAAGGUAACCUGAAGUUACCUGUUUGGGGCAUCAGUCUUCUAGGUAUACAGGUGAGUUACCUUCCCCCACUUGCGUAUGGGUUUGCCAUAACAGGAACUGGAGGGAGGGAGUUUCUUUUCUUCAUCAAGCUGAAGAAUGGUGAGAAGCAACAUGUUUUACAACUUAUAGCACACUGAUGUCAUGACAUUUCUGGCAGCAGUACUCAGACUAAUCAGAUCAUUUUCCUCCUUGCCAAAAUGACAGUCUUUCCAGAUGCGGUUUCCUUCAUUCUUGGUCCAUUGUCAAAGGGUAUUUCCAGUUCUUGAGAUAAAUUUCUCAAGGGCCCUGUAAUAACUCUUAACUUUGUUUUUCUAUUAUAUUCAUGUUUAGACUUUGUUCUAACUGAAUUAAUUAUCUUAGGAAGACUCCAGGAACAUGGUAUGACCAUGCAGUGUGUAUUCAUUACAGCUUUUUUUUAUCUGCAGACAGAUUUCCCACAAUAUGCACAGUAAUUAAGAUGCAUCAGCCCAUUCAAACACUUAAAGCUGUCUUUAAUAAUAAUAAUAAUAAAAUGCUACAAAGGUGCUGUCAUUUACCACUUUCUCUUCCCACUUUCCCCCUUCUCGCUUUUUUGGGGAGACGCAACAUUGACUACAAGUCCUCACAGACUUAAAUGUACUUGAACACAUUUAAAUGUCUGGCUCAAGUGCAACUAACUGUUGGAUUGUGGCCAUAAUUUGAAUUACUGAUGACCAAAGGCACGAUAAUACCAUAAAGUUAACCUGCAGGAUAUUUCCCAACAAACUUUGCUGGUUCUUAAAAAUUAUUUUCUUAGAACACUUCUCUUUUGCUGACCAAGCUGUUUAGAGGCUGGAGUUAUCUACCCAGAAGCCCCUCUCCAUGCUGACACUGCAAGCAGCAGUGAAGAGUUUAUGUGCUGUAGUGGUUAAGAGACUUAGCUGCAAAUAAGGAAAUCCCUGGUUUGGAUUUUGCCUCUGCCAUAUACUCACUAGAUGGCCUUUGACAAGGUACCCUCAGUCUCGUAUUGGCAGUAUAGAAAUAAUACUAUUUUUACUUACUUUGCAGGGUUGUUGUAAAUUGGAUAAUCCAUAUAAAGCACUGUGAACAGUUGACAAUGCAGCUAUUGGCAGGUUACUUUGUCAAAAUAAAAGGAGAUGCCCCACAGGUUUCCUUGCCACUUCUUAUUCUGGGAUGGCACUUGCAGAUUACAGUCAUACCUUGGAAAUUGAACGGAAUCUGUUCUGGAAGUCCGUUCAACUUCCAAACGUUCAGAAACCAAGGCAUAGCUUCUGAUUGGCUGCAGGCAGUUCCUGCGGCCAAUGGGAAGCCCCGUUAGACAUUCGAGUUCCAAAGAACGUUCGCAAACCGGAACACUCACUCCUGGGUUUUUGAUAUUCGGGAGCCAAAAUGUCCAAGUGCCAAGGCGUUUGGGAUCUAAGGUACAACUGUAUUCCCUGCCCAGACAAAAAAACCCCACACAUGAAAUACCUGUGCUUUUCUUCUAAGCUGGUAAUGACUCUCCCAACACCUAAUUUGAAGACUUUCAGAAGCUUCUGGAAUGAUCUUUCUUCUGAUGUUAGAUGGAAUGUCUUCUGGUGCAGGCUUCUAACUUAAUGCAGGUCAGGCCAGAGGCAAGAUGAAGUCCAUUACCUGUCAGUUGGCUAUGUCUGCUUGAAAUACAUGCAUUAAAUCUUGCCAUCAAAGGUAUGGAAGCUUUUUGAGCUGCUCUGCUCUGUUCUACCUCACUUUACUGCCCUUCUCUUGGUCUGUAAGCCAGAAUGUCUGGGAUAUGCCCAGGAAUGCAAGCAAAUCUAUGAAGACAUUAGCAUGCUUAUAUUGCAUUCAGCUGUGCCUUAAAAAAAGAAAAAGAAAGAAAGAACAUGAGCUGCAGAUCUCUCACUUUACAGUUGUGGUCUUUGCCUUCAGUAACAACUCUUGUUUUGAACUACUGCCAAUUAUGCACAAUAUUGGCAGCCUGAAGCAGCUGUGUAUUUAAAAAAAGAUAGCUUCUCUAACAACCUUCAGAGAAUGCAAUUGUGAUUGUAUUUAAUUUAAAUAGGAUUCUUGGUUUCCUGUUACUUCCUUCUUUUUUUGGUAAGCAACUUUCCCAAUAGCUCCAAUGGGCAACAUCCAACUUAAAGCCCAUUGCUUUCUGUGGGUCCAUUAAUGAAUCUGACAUAGUGUUAGAUAUCACCCAUUGCUUUUUAAAUCUUACAGAAAAUGGCCCCACGAUGCCCAUUUGCUGUAAGACUUGUUGAAACUAAGGACAGAUCUACCGGUAAUAGAGGGAAACCCAUGUCUUUAAACACCUGCUGUAAAAGUGAUUUUUCAAGCAGAGGAUAGGACUUAAAAGUUAUAUUAGUCUAAAGUAUUUGAUGCUUUUUUUUCCUAAACAAGAGACUGGGAUAUACCCAUAUGAGAUAAGUGAGGUUUGUGUGUAAAUAAAAGUUCUGGAAGGUAUUCAUUGACUGCUGCAAAACUGCAGUGUCAUUCUCAUACUGAAUUUAGGCAGCAAUCCAAGCCAUGGUUAAGGAAGCUUGAUGUGAAGUCUGAUUUACAGCAGACCAUGGUUGUGAUCUAUCAACAAAGCAGAACUGGGUACUGUAAGUUGAGAUGUGUUUGCAAACCAUGGUUUGGCAUUACAUCUCAAUUGAGAAACUGUUAUGGCUCCUGUUCCACCUGCUAACAGCCUCUGCACCUAGACAAUUCACCUUGAUUCCACCAGUAGUACUUUCAGUGGCCUCUUCAAUGUGGAGUUCAUAACUACUGGAAAAGAGGGGCAACACAGCUCAUUUAGAUGCAUAAUUAAGACUUUUUAAUUUAGCAGAACCUUUUCAGAAUGAAAGUUUAAUUAUUGUCUUGUAGUACUGAAUUGUAAUUUUAACUCUGUUAGUUUUGAUGUAUCUUUUAUAUUCUAUUUAAUUACCUGUGCCCCGAAGAACUAUAGUUGAUAAUAGGUAUAACUCUAGGGAUGGAAGGAAGAGACAAAAGUGUGGAAACAUAGCAUGGCAGGCAUGUAGACUCUAGAGUUUGUCCUGGCCUUCUAUUCCUAUUGCCAUGGACUUUUUAACCAGAUCUGUAGUUAUGCUAAGAUAGCAGACCUCAUAGGUUCAGUGAGUCUUCUGGAAAGUUAAGUAUGUGCUGGAUUGCAGUGCUAACUGGAAUAGCGGCCAAUCCUUCCAACAAGCCAAGCUUCUUGCCUUCUGAGACUUUGAUGGGCUUUGGAGGAUAAAUAUCUGAAGUCCAAGAAUAGAAACGAGAGACAGGCCCUUGCUCAGCACCUGUGAUCUGCAGCAGAAGUAUCCAGCCAAUCCAGUUAGCUCUAGCCAAUGCCAGCCCUUCAUCUGUUCGAGAGCUUAGCUUCUCUUUGUUUCAGCCAAAAAUGCUUAGUAUGGCUUAUUGGUGGUUUCGAUGACCUGCAUGUCUAGAACAUUUUCGUUUUGUUUAAAUCGGGACAUUCGUAAGAUUGAUUAUGGUCCACUGAUGUUCUGAUGGUCGGCCCAGUUAGUACCUGCUGGUUCCUAAGAUUUCUGUAAGGAGUGUUGGAUUAAGUGGAGCCUCUUAAGAGGCAAGAUACUUAUUAUGCUCAGAAGCAAGAGUGCAUGCCUGGGAUCCCUUAACGCUGAUUAGUUAUGCCUUGCCUGUUAAGAGUAGAUACUUGGGAUCUCUUGCUUUGUAAAAUUUGAAACACUUGGUGGACCACAGGGAAACAAUUGUUUUUUAAAAAAACAACCAAAGUAGCCCACACACAUCCAAAUGGGUCCUCCUCUUGCUUAUAUUACAUGCCCUCGAAGAAAUAAUUAAUGUGUCUGUGUCGACUUAUAAUAUACAUACUCAUUUCUAAAUGGAAUUAAGUUUGGCAUGAAACCCUGUCUUGUGUUUUCGCAGAUGUUUCCUGAAAUGUGUGGAUUGUGUAAUAAAACGUAAGAAUUUUGGAAGGCUUUCUGUUCCUUUUGUUUAUCAUGAUUAUCUUAUGGAGAACUUCAUUGUGAGAUCUUUCUGCCUGUGUUCAAGGCACAAAGAGAGGCUCUGAAGUGAUAAAUAUAGUUUUCAUUUAUGGCUGAUCACUGAAGUGAUUUAGAUCUUUGUUUCUUGUGCGUGUGGAAGAAAGGAAUAAUAUAAUAUUGUACAUUUGUUUGUUUUAGUAAAAUGUAAUCCUAUAAAUUCCUUUGUGCUCUUUCUGUAAGUCUAGACAGCUUGGUGGGCUAAAAGCCAACAAAACGUCCUUGCUCACUGCCCAGUGUGCUUGAAAGAACAAGACAACUGGCCGCCUAUGCUGGAAAUAAAUUCUUUAUUUACAAAAGAGGUUAAACCAGAAGCUGCUUUGCUCGGAAGAGUAAAGUCUUAACGGCUAAGAAGUCCAGAUCUCAAUAGGCUUCCCUUGUGCUUUCAAAAGGCUUGUUCUGAGCUCCUGAUUUAUUGGGGUGGCGAAUACUGUUGAAGAUCAAAUAAUGUUGCCAUAUCAUUGAUUGACACACUGUUCUAAUGCUUUGUGGUAGGUUGUUGAGAAAGCACUCCCAUACAAUCACGUCUCCAAGCUGGCUCUAACAACUACAAUAUAGAAAUUGCUGCCAACAUCCCUGGAUCACACUACUGACAACUGGGGGGAAAUGGGCAGGCAUACUCCUGGAGGAGAAAGACUUCUCCCAAACACUUCCAGCCUCUCCCUUUUUAAGGUUAGGCAUUGUAGCUCUGUGAGGGGGUAAAAACUACAAUUCCCAGAAUUCUUUUGGGGAAGUAAUGCCCUUGAAAUGCAUGGUGUGCUGCCAUUUCAGUGGUUUAUAACAUUGGAUCAUUUUUGGUCAGUCUUUCCACCUCCACCCUCUUUAGAUGAAAGCAGAGCUUUUGGUUGAAGCCAUCUAAAUACUGCUAAAGACACAUCUUGUUGAUGAAUAGUGAGGCUAAGCACAGGUAACCUUUUCUAGAUUUAGCCAGCAUUGUAAUCUUCCUCCCCCCAUAACAAUAAAAUGUAAUAAUAUAUUUAACAGACACACACACACAAAAUGGACUCUAUUACACUGUGGACUUGCAUUAAUUUGGAAUCCCUUUGACAUGUUGUGUUACCAUUUGGGACUGAGGUUUUGUCAGCACUGUAAUUGUUCUUGGCAUUAUUGUAUUUAUGGUCUCCUUAUGGAUUCAGUUGGUAAUGAGUAAUGUAAGAGCUGAUUAUCUAAAUUGUGGAGUCAGUCUUUUAGAAUUAGCAGUGCUUAUCGUCUGAUGCUCCUUGAUGUAACUAGGAGCAGUUAGGACUUUUCAGAGGCAUUUUGAAAUCCCAACCCUUGAAUUUAAAUGCUUUCUUUAUCUGGGCCCAGCUAAUAAUGUUGCAGUAAACCAGGCAUAGGCAAACUCAGCCCUCCAGAUGUUUUGAGACUACAAUUCCCACCAUCCCUGACCCCUGGUCCUGUUAGCUAGGGAUGAUGGGAUUUGUAGUCCCAAAACAUCUGGAGGGCUAAGUUUGUGCUUGCAGUAAACGGUGAUAGUGGGGAGCUGAACUCCCCACUUUUCAGCAUGCACUGACUACAAAUGGUUAGCUGUGCAGGCUCUCAAAGCUUGUGGAAGGAAGCUUCUUGGUUACCUCUUUAUGCUUGCUUGGAAGAUUUUCUUUGUUAAACCACAGUCCUGCAAAUGAUAGCUACACAAGGGAUCCUUGAUCAAAUUGUACUUCCACAGCAUAGAUGUUGCAACCCAACUCAAGAUGUUGUAAGCCUUUAUAAGGAAGUGCUUGAGUGCCAAUAUCUGUCUCUCUCAAAGAGUUGUAUACAGAAGUUUCCAUUCCUGCCCUGCACCACUGGAAAUAUGGUUGACCUCCAACUUGUGGAAAUCUGCUAACUGGUCACUACCAAGCUGGGCCUUGAAUAACUCAAGACAGAUAACUGCUAUGACAUAAGCUGUUGAAAAAAGAAAGAACCAUUAUUCAUUGUACAGUAUUUGUUAGCUGCUUUUCUUACAGAGGUCACUGAAAGUGACUUACCUUAAAACCAGUUAAGAAAUUGACAAUGAAUGCUAACACUCAAGAUACAGUAGUUGGCCUCAAAGUAAGACAUGUAGAAUCCAGGGAUAUGGAUAAGGAGUAAGAUCAUUUAGUCUUGGAGAGAGGUGGCUAUGUGAAUUAGACUGCCAUGAUGCACACAUAAAAUAGUUAAUGCAGGAGCAAGGCCAACACAAAGCAGUUUAUUUGCCUAACAAUGUUCUUUUUUACUCAUUAUUUUCUGCUUUCCUUUACCAUUGCACAUCAUCGGGUUACUAGAUAAGCUCCACGAGAUGGGUUUCUCAUAGUUCAGCUAUACCAGGGUUUCCCCAGUCUUUGGUCUCCUCCUGUUUUUUGGACUACAACUCCCAUCAUCCCUCGCUAGCAGGAGCAGAGGUCAGGGAUGAUGGGAACUGGAGUCCAAAAACAGCAGGAAGCCCAAGUUUGGGAAACCCUGAGCUAUACCAAUGAGACUGGGUGCAUCCUUAAAAUAAAUUUAAAAAGCCCUAAAAGUGUUACAUUUUUGUAUUUACAUUACAAAUCACACACUCUUGAAACUACAAAUGUAUCCAUAUAAUUAUGUAUUCAGUGUCUAUACUGUAUUGACUUGGCUGCGUAUGCAAUUCUAACUCUUUACACUGUAUCUAGAAAAUUCUGGGCUCAUAGUUUGCAUGAACUUUCAAGCUCCAGUUUGGGGAUUUUACAUUAACAGUAUGUGAGUACUACUUUGUAACUUUUUAAAAUGUCAUUUUGUUUGUAGGCCUGGCUCUUUAAAGGAAGUUCAACUAAUGGUGAUGAAGAAUUAAUCUUCCAGGGGGGGAAAACCUGUCUCAAUUUGCUGUCUCCAUACCGUCCGCCGCCUGCCCUUUCUAGCCACAAGUUUUUCCAUAAAUGGAAAACUUGUUCUUUUUUCUUUUUUUCAGACUCUCUCUGAAUAGUUAAUCCCGGGGAAGUGUCUGCUGAACAGCUACAUAAAAACCUCAGUAUUGCUACAAGUCUUGCUUGGAUACUGGUACAUGUGUACUUCUUGGCAAUAUAUGGAGGUACUUAAUUGGCAUCUGUGCUCAAAUCACUGACUCUGAUUAUACAGCAAUGCUGUAAAGAAAUAUCCACACUAGGUCUGAGUUUGUUUUCCCACCCCCAAACAGUCCCCUUAUUCAUCAGGAGCAAGCUCUUCACCGCUAGCUAGUGGAGUUUGAAAAACAACCACCCCUAAACAGGAUUCCCAACUGAAAUUUUUUCUUAGUUGAACAGUUCAAAAAAUAACUUCGCUCAAUUGGCUAAUCUGAAUCUGGGACAAAAAAAGGAUACAUAGAAAGAUUUCUCUCAGUUACUUGAAAUAAACUGGAUUACGCUGUACUUAACAGUGGCCAAUCAGAUGCCCAUGGGAAGAUUGCAAGCAAAAUCUGAAUGCAGCAGCAACCUCUCCACUUGUGAUUCUCAACAAAAUAAUAAUAAUAAUAAUAAUAAUAAUAAUAAUAAUAAAAUAAAUAAUUAAAUAAAUAAUUUAUUUAUUAUUUAUACCCUGCCCAUCUGGCUGGGUUUCCCCAGCCACUCUGGGUGGCUUCCAACAAAAUAUUCAAAUACAAUAGUCUAUUAAACAUUAAAAGCUUCCCUAAACAGGGCUGCCUUCAGAUGUCUUCUAAAAGUCUGGUAGUUGUUUUUCUCUUUGACAUCUGGUGGGAGGGCAUUCCACAGGGCGGGUGCCACUAUCGAGAAGGCCCUCUGCCUGGUUCCCUGUAACUUGGCUUCUUGCAGUGAGGGAACCGCCAGAAGGGCCUUUGCACUGGACCUCAGAGUCCGGGCAGAAUGAUGGGGGUGGAGACGCUCCUUCAGGUAUACUGGUAUUCAGAGAGAGAGUACUGAAUUACAUACCAUAUUCCAGGCAAUUAUUUCUUGAUAUUUUCUGAUUCUAUAUUAUAAACUAUUAUUUCCCUUAUUUGUAGAUUUUUAAAAUAAAAAUAAAAGCCUUACUCGUUCAGUUCCAAGAGAUUAGACCUGUUGCUGCUUGAUCUCUAGAAAGCUCAGUUUUUGCCAAUGCAAUGUGUUCUCACACUCUGAAACUUAUUGUGUUGAGAAAAAGCACAUGGUUCAGAAAUAGAUCUAGAAGUUGUUUGUAGGCAGUGGCUUGCUUCAUGUGACACCAUAAACUAUAGCUUAGCAGAACCGCAGAAGCAUCUCUGAGAGAAACUGAUCCACUUUGCUUUCCCCCAGUCUUUUUUUACUCCCAUUUUAGAUAAGCCAAGGUUUGGCUUACUGUAUCAUGCAAACCAGGCUAGUGAGGGGAAAUUUCAAGCUUUGCAAAAGGGAACUAACUUUGCCUUGUGCUGAAGUUUAAUACUGUAUAUCAGUCAAUAGCAUAAUUGCAAAUGGGUCAUUGGCAGUAGGGUUUAUUUUUGUAUGAACUCAUCAGAUUUCUAUGGAAAGGGUAAAUUUGGAUUAUAUGGCAAAAACGGGGCUGGCAUUUCAAUGACAGCAAUGACAUGUAUUUGCAAGAGCACCAAUCCCACCAUAAACUUGCCUUGGUGUUUGGUUUGUCCUCUCCCAUCACUGUUAGGCUGCCCUUGGAAAUGUUUAUUCAUGAGGAAGUACUUACAGCAAUCUCUACAUGUGGCUCAUUUUUUUAAAAGGUAAAAAUGCUGACAGAAUCUAGUUUGAGGGGGGAAAAACCCUAAUUGAUAGAGCCGAACUCCUAAAGGCACAUGAAAGCUUUGUUUGCCUCUUACAAUUUCCUUUUGUUUUAUUAUAAUAGCUUACUAGUUUGCUGUGGAGUAGCCCUGGGUUCAUUUUCCAAAGGGAAGAGUAUAUUCUGCACACAUACGCUGCCUGCCACAUUUUUUGGGCUCGCACUGUGAAGGAAGAUCAUAAAAGUGUCAGUUUAACUUUUUAAAGUUAAAACCUUGGAUUGCCCUCUGUUUGCAGAUACAUAUUUGAAAAGACAAACGUAAGGAAGUGUCUUGCUGUGUUUAAAAAUUGCUAUGCUCCCUGAAAUCAGUGUAACGCUGUGAUUUUGGUCUGUUACACUGCUUCUCCCUGGUGUUUUUGCCACUAUACAUAGCUGUUUCUGUUGCCUGGUGCCUUUGUACACCAUUAUAGCAAGCAGUGUUGGCAACGGAAUAUGCACUCUUGAGAGCAAGCCCAGUGAAUUUAGCAGGACUGACUCCUGGGUAAACAUUCAUAAGAUUAUGCUGUUAAUCUCAGGAAUAGCCAGUUUUUGCCUUCCACAACGUGUCUCUCUCCAGAUGUAGCCUUAAACAUCUGGAGGGCAUCAGGUUGGGAAUAACUGUCCUAUCUUAAUUUUUAAAUGGAACACCUCUGCUCUGUGCUUGCAACAAAGGAAACUGUUGGGAGUUAAUAUAUAUAUGCGCUCUCUAAUGAUGUAACAACUUCUGCCUAAAUCUUUCACCCUUCCACAUUUGUUUUGCUUUCUUCGUGGCAUUGGAACCCUGUGAAAUUGUGUUUCUGGUUAUCUUUGACAUUUAAGAAGAUUGAAAUGUUUUGGAGGAUAGAACUAGGUUCUCCUACUGUUGGGGUGGCAGAUUGUCUCUGGAUACCAGUUGCUGUGAAUCGCAAGUGGAGAGAAUGGUGUUGCCUUUGGUUCCUUUUUGUGGGACUUGCUAGAGGCAUUUAGUUGUCCAUUGUGAGAACAAGAUGCUGAGUUAGAUAGGCCUUUGACCUGGUCUAGCAGGGAUCUCCUUAUGCACUUAUGAGUUAAGAACUACUGUUGAAUAUGCAGCACUGUUUUAAUAAUAAUGCUACGGAUGGGGUUUUGGGUGUCCUGGGUGCCAAAUAACCACCUCUGUGCUCCUGAAGGGGGCUUUACUCUAAACAUUUUUAAAGCUGAUAUUUCCUGGAAAUAUAUUUGCCCUAUGCUCUAAUGUAUUAUUUUUAUUUUUAUUAUUUUAUUAUUUAUACCCUGCCCAUCUGGCUGGGCUUUCCCAUCCACUCUGGGUGGCUUACAUUAGAAAUUUCCCAAUACGGGGCUGCCUUCAGAUGUCUUCUAAAAAUAUGUCUUCUAAAAGUCAGAUAGUUGUUCAUUUCCUUGACAUCUGAUGGGAGGGCGUUCCAUAGGGCGGGUGCCACUACCGAGAAGGCCCUCUGCCUGGUUCCCUGUAACUUCGCUUCUCACAGUGAGGGAACUGCCAGAAGGCCCUCAGAGCUGGACCUCAGUGUCCAGACUGAACGAUGAGGGUACGGACGCUUCUUCAGGUAUACUGGGCCGAGGCCGUUCAGGGCUUUAAAGGUCAGCACCAACACUUUGAAUUGUGCUCAGAAACGUAUUAGGAGCCAGUGAAUAUCCUUUAGGACUAGUGUUACAUGGUCUUGGCCACUCCCAGUCACCAGUCUAGCUGCUGCAUUCUGGGUUAGUUGUAGUUUCCGAGUUACCUUCAAAGGUAGCCCCAUGUAGAGCACAUUGCAGUAGUCCAAGUGGGAGAUAACCAGAGCAUGCACCACUCUGGCGAGACAGUCCGUGGGCAGGUAGGGUCUCAGCUUGCAUACCAGAUGGAGCUGCUACACAGCCGGCACCUCCAUGGACAGCUGCGAGUCAAAAAUGUAGCCAUUGAUGCUGAGCAUUUAUGCAGAAAUUGCAUCUGUUAGGCAAACUGGAUGUAUAGAAGUGGAAACACAGAGUGAUGUUGUUCGGUGCAGAGGGAAGUGGGGGUCGGGAGAAUAACCCAGUGAGCAUAAGAACAUGCUAAAGCUCUUAACUGUAGCUAGCAGAAAUCUGUUUGAGAUGCUUAUAUGAAAAAAAAUGCCUGUUGACAAAGAAAACUGGCUUGUUGCGCAGGGGUGACCUUUUAAAAAAAUUCACAUAAUGUAAAAAAGGUGGCCUACUACUUUGAUCUUUUGCUUCUUGGACAGGAUGUGUAAGUAAAUAACUUGAAAGGGGAACAGCCUGCCAAUAAGAUGAUUACCGUACAUUCCCACAUUCAUUUUACCUGACAUGAAACUGAUGCCUUUUGCAAGCAUGCAGAUCUUAACAAAUUAAUUAGCGACCUGUUGUCUCUGUGGCAUCAGAGUACUGUAGGAAAAAGCAUAAUAACAACGCUGAAUCCAAUUUUAAUUUCCAGCCAACACAAAAGUGAUGGUUGCCCCAAAGCAAGCAAGCUUGAACCAAGAAACCUUACAAAUGGAAUGAUCUGUGGGAAGUGUUUUUAUGUUUAAAAACCACAUUUAAUCGUCAGUGUGAAAACCCAAUCGAGAUCAGUAAUGGGGAAAAGCCAGAUGUAGCAAGAAAACAGAUGGAAGACACUCACUUUGUGAUUGGGCCAGGGCCAGUUUUGCUGGUGAUUUGGCAUUGCUCAUGUGUGGAUGAGAAUCUGUUUUAAAAGUAAGCAUAGCUCAUUGGUAGAGCAUCUACUUUGCAUGCUGAAGGGCCUAGGUCCAAUCGCUGGCAUCUCCAGAUAGGCCUGUCACAGACUGAUGUUUGAAAUGUUCUGGGCCUGCUGCCAGUGGUUCCAGUUGCUUUUGGACUACGAUUCCCAUGAUCCCUGAGCACUGGUCCUGCUAGCCAGGGAUGAUAGGAGUUGUAGUCCAAAAGCAGCUGGAGACUCAAGGCUGGGAAACACUGGUGUGGACCAAACUGGCUGGACCCAUUGGUGACUCUGUAUAAGUCAGCCUCCUUUGUUAGGCAAACAUACAAAUUGGCACGCACACACCCCAAAAAAGUAUUAUGGUUGCCGUUGAAACUAAGGUUAAGUUUUUCAAAAUCAGAACAGCAAAGAACUGGAGCCGUUUGAACAGUUGGUUACAAUACUUCUUUUUAUUUAAACAAACAAAACAUCUGAAGAAUUGACUCAAAAAAUCUGGUUGGCUUGACUCAGAGGAGCCCUUCCCAAAUGUUAAUUGUCUAGAGCAGUUUCCCCACCCCCACCCAAGCUAAACACUGAUAAUGGAAGGGCUUCAGGGCUGGGAGUGUCAUAGUAUCUGUAUGCCAUGAUUUCUGCAAGUCACUGCACUUGGGCUUCUUUCUCAGAGACACAUUUGUGUGGCUAAACUGUGGCCCUCCAGAUGUUGUGAUUCACAUCUGCUAUCACCCCCGACCACAGGCUAUGCUAGCUGGAUCUGAUGGAAGUUGUCUCAAAUAUCUGGAGGACACCUGGUUAAAGAAGGCUCCUUACAAGCUUCCAAGAAUACAUUUGGAUCCAUGCUGGGGCAAUCUUCUUUUUUUUUUUUAACAAAUAUACAUAUGCACUCACAUGUGCGCUGCAGCACUGGAUUGGGGUUGAAGGUUUGGUCCAGAAAUAAGUUUUCUUCUGAGAGUGUAGGCCUCAUCUAAUGACUGUUUUGGAAUUUUGCGAAUCUUGGAUGAUCAAGUUUAAUUCCCUCCCCCAUUUUAACACUUGAGAUGAGGUCAUAGUGAGAGCUGGCUAUGAUGUUCUUUGCUUUGAGAGCUUUGCUUAAUUGCAGGGGAUAAUUAAUUUUAAGCUUUGUAGAUUAGCGGUUACAAGUGUGUUGGGUUUCUUUUUACCGUCCUCGUGGUUGCACAACUAUCCAGUAGUUAUGCUACUUAACUGCCACUGCGACUAAGGCUACUGGUGAGAUCUUUGGCAAAGGGCUGUUACUGUUUGGUUUAGAAAAAUAAAGUCAAGGGGUGCUUUUGAGGCUGAAGAAAACGCAUGUAUAAUUUUAUCAAAGUUUUCCUUAAGGAAGGGAGGAAAGGGAGUCGCUAGAUGGCACUCUUAAAACAUGAAGCAAUAAUGAUGGCUCCUGGUAUGUGUGUUUUUUCUCCCUAUCUACUUGAACUAGGAAGAAAACUCUAAAAAUUAAAAAGCUCAAUUCAGGGUUCUUGUACCUUAGGGAAGCAGUUUCAGAUCGGAUAAUAAUCAAAGCCCUUGUUCUCCCAUGUCCAGUGCUAAUAAUAUUAUGGCAUAGUUUUAAAGGUGAGGGAUGUGAAAAUGCAGUGAAGAAAUAAUCAAAAGCAGAUUCCUUAAAAGUUUUUGAUAAAACAAAAUAUAUUGCACAGGGUGCAUUUCAGCCCACGUUCCUUGGUGCCAAAUAUGUUGACAGCAAUAACGCUUGCUGCAUAUAGUCUCCAGUUGGACAAAGUGGGUUGUCUGUGUGAAAUGAUUUUAUUAAAAACUUUAAUAGAUCCAUAAUACAACAAGCAACUCUACAAACAGAAACUGUAGGACAUCCUUGCAAAACAGACGCGCCUGCCCUCUGGAAUGCCAUCCCAUCAGAUGUCAAGGAAAUAAACAACUAUCUGACUUUUAGAAGGCAUCUGAAGGCAGCCCUGUUUAGGGAAGUUUUUAAUGUUUGAUGUUUUAUUGUAUUUUUAAUAUUUUGUUGGAAGUCACCCAGGGUGGCUGGGGAAACCCAGCCAGAUGGGUGGGGUAUAAACAAUAUGUUGUUGGUAUUGUUGGUACAGUGGUACCUCGGGUUACAUAUGCUUCCGGUUACAUAUGCUUCAGGUUACAGACUCCGCUAACCCAGAAAUAGUACCUCAGGUUAAGAACUUUGCUUCAGGAUGAGAACAGAAAUCAUGCUCCAGCUGCGUGGCGGCAGCGGGAGGCCCCAUUAGCUAAAGUGGUGCUUUAGGUUAAGAACAGUUUCACGUUAAGAACGGACCUCUGGAACGAAUUAAGUACUUAACCCGAGGUACCACUGUAUUUGUUUGUUUGUUAUUUCUUUAUGAUUGCAUCAGCACCUAUACAGAUAGCAUUCAGUCUUUCAGCUGUGGGCAUAUGCCUUCCCAGAAAGAUUUCUGGGAGCCCAGAAGAAUGGGUUCAGACACUCCCAUGGCUACCUGCAAGAUGAAUGGCUGCCCAGGGUUUCACAGCUCUGUUUUGUGCUGCUUACCACCUACUGAACCAACAAGGGUGAGUGAGCUUCUCAAGUAGAGCUGGCCUCCCAAGCACAUUUUUACGAAGAGAACAACAUUGCGUGUACCGCACAAGACUUGGAGCUCGUGCCAUGUUGGCAUCAAAUCGUGACCCACCCAUCCUGUAGCUGAUUCCUCCUUGAGAGCUGAACUUGGUUCAUGGUAGCUGUGCCUACUGCACAGUCUUGCCGCUAUCUUCCCUCUUGCUCCAAACGUGGAGCGUUUCUUAUUUAACACAGUUUUUCUCAGUAAAAGAAGGUAAUGAGCUAAUAAAGAGGAUAAUACUUUCAGUGCCCCCCCUUUUGCUUUUCUCCAAAUUAAAACAAUUUUCUGUUUAUAGCAGAAUGCAUGGCAGGAGGGUGUGUCUUGGUAACAUACAGAUGGAAAUUAUUGCCUAUGACUUCAUCUGCCACUGCCCAAGGGUAUUUCCGAACCCAGCUAUGAGGGAAACCAGCUCAAUCUGCUUAACUUGGUUUUAACGGUGCCUUCAUUUCUGGAAUUUGAAGUCAGCACAAUAUGGCUGUGGGCAGAGUCCUGGAAUGUCAUCUUCCUCUGCCUACCUGUUCUAGAUUCCAUCCCCCUUCCCAUCAUAUCUGCCUCUUUUAUUAAAUAAGAUGUCAUUGUUCUUCUCAAAGGUUCACAUACUGACCUUGGGUUGUCCUAGCAUUCAUCUCCUGUUCUGUCCUGAAAUCAGUAAUUGAUUUAGCUUGAUCCUAAAUGUUUAUGACGGCAGAAAGUGAGGAGGAAUUAAAGAACUUUUUAAUGAGGGUGAAAGAGGAGAGCACAAAAUAUGGUCUGAAGCUCAACAACAAAAAACGAAGAUCAUGGCCACUGGGCCCAUCACCUCCUGGCAAAUAGAAGGGGAAGAAAUGGAGGCAGUGAGAGAUUUUACUUUCUUGGGUUCCAUGAUCACUGCAGAUGGUGACAGCAGUCACAAAAUUAAAAGACACCUGCUUCUUGGGAGAAAAGCAAUGACAAACCUAGACAGCAUCUUAAAAAGUAGAGACAUCACCUUGCCAACAAAGGUCCGUAUAGUAAAAGCUAUGGUUUUCCCAGUAGUGAUGUAUGGAAGUGAGAGCUGGACCAUAAAGAAGGCUGAUUGCCGAAGAAUUGAUGCUUUUGAAUUAUGGUGCUGGAGGAGACUCUUGAGAGUCCCAUGGACUGCAAGAAGAUCAAACCUAUCCAUUCUGAAGGAAAUCAGCCCUGAGUGCUCACUGGAAGGACAGAUUGUGAAGCUGAGGCUCCAAUACUUUGGCCACCUCAUGAGAAGAGAAGACUUCCUGGAAAAGACCCUGAUGUUGGGAAAUAUUGAGGGCACAAGGAAAAGGGGACGACAGAGGACAAGAUGGUUGGAUAGUGUUCUCGAAGCUACCAGCAUGAGUUUGACUAAACUGUGGGAGGCAGUGGAAGACAGGAGUGCCUGGCGUGCUCUGGUCCAUGGGGUCACGAAGAGUCGGACACGACUAAAUGACAACAACAACAAAUACCGAGUUAAACAACAGUCAAUUAAUACUUUGAAAUUUAGCGACUUCCAUGUGUGAACAAGGGAAUGUUUAUUGCAAACAAAUGGAACUAAAACUUGCAUCUAAUUGAAGUGAGUUCUCUCCCUCUGUAUUCUUUUAUUUUUAAUUUUGGUUACUGUAUAGUUAAAUUGUUGACAGCUGUAAGGCUUGCAUUGGUGGGGGCAUAAUUAAAUUACUUGAAUCAUUACUUUUCCAGAUGUAAAAGCUCACUGAUGCAUCCUUUGCCAAAACUGAAUAACAUAAUAAAAGUGUGUGUCUGUUUUUUGACUUUUGUUGCCUUUCAUAGUUCCCCAGCACUUACUGUAAGUCCCCCCUGCCCACCCUCCCCCUACUUAUUCCCUUCUUUGGUGGCUCCUUCAUUUUGCUUAAAUGGAUAUAGGAAAAUGUUUCCUAAACCUUUAAAUUUCAUCCUACUCGAAGGCAUUCUCAUUGCAAAGCCAAUGUUCUUGGAAUAUAAUUUCUUAUAUGUCCCAGAGACCUUACAUAGGAUUCCUCUACUUGCAGACGGAUUACCACCAUAUGCAUAGCCUCAGAUCUCAUGCUGAAUGCCAGUUGUUUAGAAGUAAGGUCUGCUUGAAAUUCAGUGGGUGAGUUUAGAUCAUGGGUAGGCAAACUAAGGCCCAGGGUCUGGAUUUGGCCUAAUCGCAGACGGUCAAGGAAUCAGUGUGUUUUUACAUGAGUAGAAUGUGUCCUUUUAUUUAAAAUGCAUCUCUGGGUUAUUUGUGGGGCAUAGGAAUUCGUUCAUUCCCCACUCCCACCCCCCAAAUAUAGUCCGGCCCCCCACUAGGUCUGAGGGGCAGUGGACCAGCCCCCUGCUGAAAAAGUUCGCUAUCCACUGGUUUAGAUUCUCUUGAGUCUUCUUUCUGCUAUAAAGCAGCCCUUAGCAUAGGAAAAAAAAAUGGCGCAAACAAGGCGAAAUUCAACCACUGAAUUUGUUUAUUAAAACAGGGUGCUUUCCUUCCUGCAAAAGCUGGGUUUAAAAAAAACACCUAUGCAAAUUAGGCAAAUUUGUGUACAGUUAUUUUCACUGGGAAAUUUGCACUUUGAUUGGAAAUUUUUCUAAUGCCCUGGGGAGCGAGCCAACUCUUAGUACAGUGGACCCUCUGGAUACGAAUUUAAUUCAUUCCAGGGAUCCGUUUGCACCCUGAAAAUGUCGUAAGAAGAGGCACCGCUUCUGUGCAAGCGCAUGGCGUGAUAGAGCACUUCUGCCAUGUUCACGACCCAAAAGUUACGUUACCCAAAGAGUGUUAAAAAUGUACAGUGGUACCUCAGGUUAAGUACUUAAUUCAUUCCGGAGGUCCGUUCUUAACCUGAAACUGUUCUUAACCUGAAGCACCACUUUAGCUAAUGGGGCCUGCUGCUGCCACUGCACUGCCGGAGCACGAUUUCUGUUCUCAUGCUGAAGCAAAGUUCUUAACCUGAAGCACUAUUUCUGUGUUAGCGGAGUGUGUAACCUGAAGCGUAUGUAACCUGAAGCGUAUGUAACCCGAGGUACCACUGUACACAGUGUUGAUAUUUUGUUCCAAUAUGCUACAAGUAUUUGACCUGAAAUAUCUUGAGAGGAAAAAUUUAAGCACAUUUUUAAUGGUUUAUAUUGGAGAUAUCCCUCCAGCUGCUGUUGGACUCUAACUCCCAUCAGCCCAAGCCAUUAUAGCUAAGGAUGAUGGGAGUUGGAGUCUAGCAGCAUUUUGGAGGAACGCAUGCUCCCCUCCUCUGCUAUAAGCAGUGCAGGAUAUUGGAUGGUGAUGACUUAGUGGAGAAAGGAAUAUAUUUUUUUAUAGAGAUGCAGGGGAACAAGAAGCAGAAGAGCCGCAUGUUUCCUAUCUCCUUGCUUCAUGGUCAUGUCAAAAACAACCUUUAACACUUGCUCUGUAAGGAGAGUAGUAAACCAUACUUGUUUCCCUUGGAACAAUUGGAGAUACUUAUGGAACAUCAUUGUACAGAUUCUGCAGUUUGUUUGUUUUUAAUGUGGUGAGCAUGAAAAGCUUCUGUAGAGGUGGUCUUAGUCCAGAGAGGCCCUCUUCCUCUUAAAAUACUUCCUGCAUGCUGGCAAUUAAAAUUUUAAGAGUUGGAACGCCUUAAAUUCAAUCCAGAUUUGCCAAUGUAUAUGAAAACAUUUGCUUUGUUGUAUGUGCACAAGCUAUGAGGGCACAUGCAGUCACAUAUGUUCUGUAAAAGGAUAGCACCAGUUCUCUGAAUAGUUAGUUACAAGAAACAUUAACACUAUUUCUAAGUUCAUAGCAGAAGCAAAGGAUAGAUGAGUCAGAUAAAAUAGAGACACACACGUGUGUGUGUCCCAUGAAAUCACUGUCAUUUUUAAAUUUAACCUGUAUGUAAUUUCAGCUGCAGGAAGUAUAUCUAGAGAGACGGUGCUUUUAGAUGGAAUUGCUGCUUAAAGUUUUGGCAAUACGUAUGAGAAGCAGCCCGACCUAUAAUAAGCUUGUUCUCAAGAUAGAAUUGGGAGAAAUAAAAAUGACCCUCAUUUCAAGCAAAUGUACAGUUUAUUGAACAUUUUUGGAGGUAACAACCAAAGAAAUGCUUUUGCAUAAGCUUCAUAAAAUAAGUCUGGUACAAACUACCCAAUCUUAAGCACUUUGGAGCGCUGCAGAGUUUGGGGUGGGCUGGGGAGCAGAGCACAUCCAUAAUGCAUUCAAAGCACACGGCUUGCCUCAAAAGAAUCCUGCAAACUAGUAUGUAAAAAGUCCUGGGAACACUGUGCCUCUGCGGGAUGAAACUGUAUUUGCCAGGAUCCUUUGUGGAAGGUCUUGUGCUUUGAACAUGUGCUUUAAAUGUCUGAUGUAGAUCUGCGCUGAGUAUUUCUUCUUGAAAUCAGAGGGGCUACUUUAAGUUAAAAGCAUUAUCACGUUUUUCUUUUUUAAAAAACUACAGCUAUGGGAUCUCCAAUAUAAAUCCAAAUAACCUGUUCCUUUUGUGCUUCUUUUGUCCUUUUGGGACUUCCGGAACAGAUUAAGUCUGAGAACCAUUUCCAUUUGCCAAUUCCGUAUCUUUCUUUAUAUUCCAGGUACAGUGGUACCUUGGUUCUCAAACUUAAUCUGUUCCGGAAGUGCGUUCCAAAACCAAGGGGCGCUUUCCCAUAGAACGUAAUGCAAAAUGGAUUAAUCCUUUCCAGACUUUUAAAAACAACCCCUAAAACAGCAAUUUGACAUGAAUUUUACUAUCUAACGAGACCAUUGAUCCAUAAAAUGAAAGCAAAAAACAAUGUACUGCAGUCACACAAUCGAUCAGUAGCUGGACUGGGUUCCACACAGUCACAAAAACAAAAAGGGCCACAAAAACACAAAAUAAAUAACAAAACAGACAGACCUCCGUGUAACACUCAAAAUGGAGCACGGUCGGCUUCCAAAAAAAGUUUGCAAACCGGAACACUUACUUCCAGGUUUGCAGUGUUUGGGUUCCAAGUUGUUUGAGUACCAAGGCAUUUGAGAACCAGGCUGCACAUUCUUUAGACAACCAUAUGUGUAGAAAACUACAGUAGUUGGUUUAAAAUGCUGUUAAAGCUAUGGAUUUGGAGAGUGUCAUUUGAUAUGGUAUAGACCUUAAAAUCCUCCUUUUACAUUAACCUUUUUAUGUAUUCAAGAAGCCGCCCCCCUUCCCUACCCAACUUCUCAACCUAAUUUUCUCUGGCAGUAUGACAUGCCUUGAGGGACAUUGCAAGCUUUCCAAAUACUUAUACCUAUGUAGCAGUUUCACAUCUCUGUAAAUGCCAUUAUAUGACACAUUCCUUUGUGAACACAUGUCUUGUGUGACAUAUCGUUUGAGAACACAUGCACACAGUUAACCAAUAUGUUUAUUGAACCUUUCAAGAACCGUAAUGGAUUUUGAUUCACAUGCUCAUUCAAAAGAUUCCAGGCAGAGCUCAAGUGUGGCUGUUUGACGUGUUUGCAAGAAGUUAGUGGGAUUUUAAAUUUUAGCUUUCAUUGCUUUUAUCCUGCAAUUUUCUUUGAACUGGAAGCAUUCCACAUGUAUUGGGGGGAAAGGAUAAAAUACACACAACAAAAUACAGCAGGUUAAGGUGUUGAGAGAGAAUUCUCCAACCAAAGCUAACUUCUGUAAAUUGUAUUUCAUGCCAAUUAGUUUUUGGGCUCAUUUUUAAAGUGCCGAUACUAACUUUUGAAGCCCUUGAAGUCAGAAUUAUUUGAAGGGCAGCCUUCAUCCUAAUGAACUUGUCUGAACCUUUCAAAUGGCAACAAAAAGCCUACUCUUUGGGCCAUCUUUAGCGGAUAUCUGGUUGGUUGGUGCAGUAACUAGGAGAAAGCGCCUUUUCAAUAGUGGUUCUACAGCUCUUGGAUUUUCCUCUCCAGGAACAUCAGACACCCCUUUCAGAAAGCAUUUUUUUAUUGACCUCCUAAUGCUCUUGUAGGGAUGCGGGUGGCUCUGUGGGUUAAACCACAGAGCCUAGGACUUGCCGUUCAGAAGGUCGGCGGUUCGAAUCCCUGUAACGGGGUGAGCUCCCGUUGCUCGGUCCCUGCUCCUGCCAACCUAGCAGUUCGAAAACACAUCAAAGUGCAAGUAGAUAAAUAGGUACCACUCCGGCGGAAAGGUAAACAGCGUUUCCAUGCGCUGCUCUGGUUCGCCAGAAGCGGCUUAGUCAUGCUGGCCACACGACCCGGAAGCUGUACGCCGGCUCCCUCGGCCAGUAAAGCAAGAUGAGCGCCACAACCCCGGAGUCGGCCACGACUGGACUUAGUAGUCAGGGGUCCCUUUACCUUUACCUUUCAUGCUCUUGUACAUAAAUCAUAAUAUGCUAAAUUUACUACUGCUGGGUUUGUGUUAGGAAUAUUUAGUGACAGAAACUUGCAUCCUUCCCGACCCGCACUGCCAAUGGCCAAGGGUUAUGGGAGUUUUAGUCCAACGUAUUUGGAUAGCAAAAGAUGGAGAUGAAGGCUGCUUCUGCACCUGUUUUGUUCAACUGAUAACAAUAAAAGACUUGGAGCUAUUUCAGCUUUGCCAUUUUUAGUCCACUCUCUGAGGACUUAGGUUCAUAACCACAUUUAGAAGCUUCAGGAAAACUCCAGGUAGAAAGACCUCUCAAUAUUGGAAUGCUGACCUCAGUUUUACACCUGUUCUUUUGUCAGAAUAAAGGUUCGCAUCAUACUUAAUGCAUGACAUCAGGCGUAGCUUUUUCUUCCAAAGCCACUAUUAACAUGGGUGUAUAGGUUGGAAUGAACCAUGUGAAUUGGCUCUUGGUACAGGAAGCUUGUGAUCUGGAGUCUGGACACUUGGAAGGUGGAUUUAUGUUCUUAAAUUAAACAAAGAUGUGAUCCGAUCUUAACAUCAGUAGGGCAGAGCUAUGAGAUAUAUUAGUAUGAUAAAUGUUUUGUGGUAGCCGAAGACUUCGUGGCAGAAUUCGAUAAUGGGUGUUGUACUGUCCACGCAAAUACAUUUCUAGAACUCCUGAGGGUGUAUUAGCAUGACUCAUUCAUGCUUGUGUUCAAACCUGCUAAGUGUACGCAACCCCUAGCUACAUGCAGGAAAGACCAAAGUGUGAGACAUCUGCGUUGCAGCUAACAGAUCCGUGUGAACUUACUUGUGUGAGUUUUAGUGGUUUGUUUAGAUGAUGGCUCCUUCGAAAUUGCCAAUAAAAAAUAGCAAUUCAAACUAAAAGUUCCCGUUUCCUGAAGAAGUCUUCAUGUUAAUUGCUUGCGAGGACAAUUAAACACAUUAGUUUGCAACUUAAGUAUGAGCUUUUUAUUACCUAGAAUCAUAGCCCCAAAGCAGUUGUCAUUCUGUCUGGUUCAAAUACUUUCUCCUCCCUCUCCAAAUGAUUUCCAGUAUUUCCACACUUCCAUUUUUUCCCCAGGUCACUGUCUUCUCUUUCCUGUGUGCAUAGAGAUAUAAAUGGUAGUCCUGUCCCAGUGGCGGAUGGUGUCCAUUGGGACUGGUGGGGCAGAAGACUGGGUGGCAACCGUGGACCAUGACUGGUGGACCCAGCUAAUUCUGAUUUUAUCCCCAUCCUCCUCUCUGCUAAAUUCUACCAAGGCAACACAGGCAAAAGCCGAAAAAGCUGAUGGCUGGUGCCAUCCUCUGGACUGACUGUAAAUAAGGAGGAAGGCAAGUGGCCGUUGGUUAAGAGCAGACUUGAGAUUGGUGUGGCAAUGCUCCAUUCACAUUUGAAAGCUCAUAUGCACAUGUAAAGGUGCUCCUUGUAUUGGGAGUUCUGCAGGUGAGUAGCGAAUGUGUUGUAGCAUUUCCAUGACACAAGACACUUCCCCAAAAAGUUGUUAUGGCAGAAGUGGCUGAUAAAGUCAGUCAAUAGCUCUGCAAUGUAAAUCAACAGAAUAACCAGGCAAAUAAAGGUUCUGUUUAGAAAUAGUCAAAUGCUGCAGUUUGCACAAGAGAAAAUGCUACUGGAAUUUUCCUGAGGCAAUUUUAGCAUCUGGAGUUUUACAGAAAGCCUAGUCUUCAGGAAAAAAGGGUAGUAAAUCUUAAGGGAAACAUUGUACCUUUUAUACUUAAUUAAAUUUGCAUUUCUUAAAUAAGUUAUUACCAUGCUCUUAGGUUGUUUUUUUUUUUUUUCAUUUUAAAGCAGCAUAAUGGAUAAAGAGGAAUUAUUAAGCAGGUUUGUUUUUAUUAAGCUAAGGUGUCAUGUGAGCAUAAACUAAUUGUAAGCAAAGUGUGCAUAAAAUACUUUUUUGCUACAUAACUUUCUGGUUACAAAGACUCCAUUGACUGUAUUUGAGCCUAUUGAAUUUAUGAUUUGACCUUCACAUUUCCUUAAGAAUAUUCUCUUAAAGCUUUUUACUCAUAGGUAGGUUCUCUCCCUCCCUCCUAGUUUAUUACCCUUCCAAACCGAAACAUUUUUACCGAGGGGAGGGUUUCAAAUCAUGAUUAAACUUCCUUCCAAGCAACUGUCCUUGAAUCAAAGAUUUGUGGCUGCAAUCCUUAGAAUUGUAUUGCUUAAUAGGUAACAAAAGGUUUGGUCAAUAUGGGAAAAUCCAACAUUCAGCCUCAGACCAUAUCCUUUUUGGAUUCUUGAACACAAUACAUCCCCAAAGGUUUAGUAAGGAUACCUAUUAGGCACAUUUAAGAAGAAAAGUCCAGUCACCCAACAAGCAAAUAAGUGUGUAUUCUCAUAUUGGAUUGCAAAGUACUUGACAGGAAAAGCAUUUGGGUGAUAACCUGUGUUUGAGCUGCUAAGAAAUCUCUGGAGCAAGGUUAAUAAAAAGAUGAAGAACAUACCUGGAGUUAGCUAAACUGACGGACUUAAUAAGACGAAAACCCAAAACCAUGGUAUAGAAACAGUAGGAUUGUUUAAAUGAAUAUUUACAUAAACAGGGCUCAGCUAUGAAAAUUUGGUUGUGUUUAGACUAACCUUGUGCGGAUUAUAAAGAAUAUAAAGAGUUUAAUGGAUUACGGAAGAUCUUAAGGGAUGGAAGUGAAGAACAGAGGUAAAGGUGAACUAGAUAACAAAAGACGUGUGGUUUAGGUGGUAGGAGUCUUUUAAAAUAUUUUAACUAAGAUUUGUUUUUUACAAUGUGUGUAAGUAUAAAUUUGGUAUUGUUUAUGGAAAGCAACUUUCUUUUUUCUUUUCUUUUUCUUUCUUUCUUUUUUUGUUUCUUCUUUUCUUAUCUUUUUUUACAGUUUCUGUUUGGCAAAUACGUAAAUAAUUGUGUUUAUGUAGAUAUGUUUGGAAAUGUGAACUGACAUUUUUGUACUAUUCAAUAAAGUUAUAUUUAAAAAAUAAUUUAAAAAGAUGGAGAACACACAUAAGCGUUUCUUCAUAUGAUCUUCUGGUUGGGGCUAGGCAUAUGACAGGGUGGGGGAAGAGGUGCCAAGUUGCUCUCGGCUCCUGGCUCACUGGCCUUGCCAUGGCUGGCCCUGCAGACAAAGUGAGCUUGGUGGAAGGGUCUAAGGCAUGGUGGGAAAGGUAGCCCCUGCACACCAUGGAUUCUGGCCCAGGAGGCGCGGCAGAGGUGACGACUAGUUGGGAGACAGCGCAGCAGCUUUAGAGUUUGGAUUUGAUAUCCCGCUUUAUCACUACCCGAAGGAGUCUCAGAGUGGCUAACAUUCUCCUUUCCCUUCCUCCCCCACAACAAACACUCUGUGAGGUGAGUGAGGCUGAGAGACUUCAGAGAAGUGUGACUAGCCCAAGGUCACCCAGCAGCUGCAUGUGGAGGAGCGGAGAUGCGAACCCGGUUCCCCAGAUUACGAGUCUACUGCUCUUAACCACCAUCCUUUUGCCGCCAUGAGUAGGAGUCCGACCAUGGGGAGGGGCUCAGCCCCAUCCCAAGACAAACUGGGGGGCUGGAGACACCUCUGCCCCAUAGAGUUGGUGCACCUGGAUGGGGUUUUGGAUAGAAAUAUAGAAAACCGUUGUCAGAUUAUGGUGUAAGUCUUUCCCAAUUUCAGCAAUGGUAUCAACUGUGGAUACAAAUUGCAAAGAGGCAUGAAUUGGCUGCUGCGCAUUAGGAGCAUCUGGUGUGGCCAAUCAUAUAUUGUUGCUCUGAGCCAAUGGGAGGCUGAACCGGUGUCUGCCAUUUGCUCACGCUACUCCUAGCUUCAGACUCUGCCCUAGACCUCCCUCUCUUCUCCCUGCUCUUGUGCUAGAAACCUACCUUGAUGUCUUUGGUCAUACCAGCUGGGGCUGUUGAGAUUUCAUCACUUUGGGGAAACUGAGAAGUUUUCAAGGGCAUUAUCAACGUGCUUUUUUUCCCCCUCCCAGAGUUCAUUCAUGAAAGUAUGAGCUGCUGUGUUUUAAUUAGCUACUCCAAUUCUUCAUAUGACUUCAUAAUGUGCGAAAGCUGUUUGUUCUAUUUGUGUUAUGUGUAAUGCAAUCUAGAGUUUAAGAUGUAUUCCAAUUCACCUCCUCACAGAGAAUGUGGUGGGUAGCUGUACUGACUGAUGCCAUACUAAACCAUUCUCCUAUUUCAGUUCUGAGGUGAAACCCUGUACUCUGAGAAGACACAGGGCAGCUGCUUGCAUGGACCAUUCCACGCAUCUUCAAACUGAUAGACACUCGAUAGGAAGGGUCAAGUGUCUACAGGAGGCAGGAAUUGCAAGAACAUUCUCUAGGAAGUGAUCAAUGGUUUCAUGGGAAUAGCUUGCACACAAAGUAUUUAACAUAACCUUGUUUGGCCUUGAUUGGCUCAGUGACAUUUGCCUUGGUGCUGGUUUUCUGGUGUAUAUAUUAAAAUUCAUUAAAUGUGCAACAAGUUGGAAGUUGAGUGGCUGCCAAGUAUGGUUGAAUUCUGUAUAUGGAUGGACUCAAUAUUCAAUGAACAAAUGUCAAACAUGUAAUUUAACCUCAAAAUAUUCUUUAACUGGGGGCCACAUGACCUGUUCAGCGAGAGUAAAUCUCAUGAGUUCAUACUUUGCUGUAUGAUAUAGAUCUGCUGCUGUUAGCUAGAGCAAAACUGGAGAAGUAGCACAUUCUGCAGCCUCUGUUGCAUGACAAAAGGUAACAUCUGAAGGUACCCUGUUAGCCCAGAUUAGCCGUAAUAGCUGCUUUUGACACUGUUCAGUCCUGUUUCUGUUUUUACUUCUUUGUCAAGUACGGGCUUUGAGAAGAUAUUAAUAGCAACCUGUUGUGAACCAUAGGAAACCUUAAUGCAAGUGCUCUAGCUAAAAUAAUGUUAACUAAUUUGGACUAUAGCAAACAAAUGACAAGAAGUUGGUGGGUGUUUACCUUGGUUGUUACCUGUCUAUUCUGGGUGUUUCUGGCACAAAGUAUGCCUUUCUUGCGCUUCUACAAAAUUAGCUACAGGUAUGCCUGAACCAAAGGGACGUGGGUGGCACUGUGGGUUAAACCACAGAGCCUAGGACUUGCCAAUCAGAAGGUCGGCAGUUCAAAUCCCUGCGACGGGGUGAGCUCCCGUUGCUCGGUCCCUGCUCCUGCCAACCUAGCAGUUCGAAAGCACGUCAAAGUGCAAGUAGAUAAAUAGGUACCUCUCUGGCGGGAAGGUAAACAGCGUUUCCGCACACUGCUCUGGUUCGCCAGAAGCGGCUUAGUCAUGCUGGCCACAUGACCCGGAAGCUGUACGCCGGCUCCCUCGGCCAAUAAAGUGAGAUGAGUGCCGCAACCCCAGAGUCUGCCACGACUGGACCUAAUGGUAAGGGGUCCCUUUACCCUUUAGCUUUAUGCCUGAACCAUAUUUUGCAUCUUUGUGUCUAUGCCUCAUCUUUAAAGCUUACAGGAGGGUCAAUAUUGACAGCCAUCAGGAUAAUAGAUGUUUCUCACUGCUGAGAACCUACAAAGAGCUAAAAACCUGCUUAUUUUUCUCUGACCCCUUCACAUCUGCUUAGAAGUCCUGAAUGUUAGUUUAGCUAAGAGUCUAGAGAGAGUCCUAGUUCAAAGAGAAGGGUGAGUUGGAAAUGUUUGUGAUUCUUUUCUUUCUCAAAAAGGAGAAUUUAUGCCAAACAUGGAUAUUUGGUUUAGGAUUGCUGAUAAUUUACGCAGAGAGUGACAUACGUCUCUGAAAAGAAGGGCUUUAAAUAUAUUCAGUGUGUUAUGUCUCUGCAAUUAUAGUUUCUAAACAUAAUAUAACUAUAAAAUUGAAGGGUGUGAAGGCAUACAUUAUCAAGAAUAGUGUUUGAUAAAUUUGGACAAAAAACUCAAAGGCAGCUGAUAAGAAAUCAAAACAGCCCUUUAAGAUUAAUGAAUGCUAUUGAUUUAGGGGUGGGUUUCGUUUUUUUGUCUGUCAUGUUUCCUCCCUGGUGCUAUUUUGCAUUCUCUCCCUCUAGCAAUAGAAGUAAUUACAGAGCUUGCUUAUCAUUAAACAGAUGGGUUCUAUUAAUUCUGAAUGAAAGUAAAUGGUUGCAAUUAACCAUUUUACUUCAGACUCGGUUGUUCUGCUGCUCCAGCGCUGCAGACUGGCAGUCAGCUGGGUGGGUUGCCAUCCACACUGGCUCCAUUAAAUUGUGCAGUUCGGUUGGCUUGUGUGUAUUUGUGUGAAUGCUACAAUUAUAGGAAGACUUGACAUAAAGUGCAAUAUUGUACCGGUGUCAAGAAUAGGGCUGUGAGAAGCACAACAGGGCUCACUAUUUCCUGUUCCUAGAAGACUCUUGAGAAGAAUUCUUCAUGAAACAUAGAAAUCUGCCUUAUACCAAGGCAGACCAUUGCUCCGUCUUGCUCAGUAUUGUCUACACUGAUUGGCCACAAUUUUCAGAGCUUCAGUUAGGAGCCCCCCCCCCAGCCCUACCUGGGGCCUUCUGCAUGCAAAUGAUGUCCUACCACUGUGCUUUGUGGACCUGUCCUCGUGAAACUCCAGGUUUUAUUUCCUGCCAGGAACUCCCAUUUUCCUUCUAUUUCUGCAUCAUUGUGCAGUUAAUGCCUUCCACUCAGCUGGGUAACUUACCGUUCCUGAUGCUGAACAGAAAAUGGCACUUACUGCUUAGCAGCCAUCCUAUUCUAAUUGCAAAACGCUUCGUAGUUUUUACCUUUUGUUGAUCCUGCUAGACAGAUGGGAAGCAGAGACCAUGUCACUUGCUCAGGGCUGCUACACAAAGUUCAGCUGUGCACGUUUAUUUGUUAAAACCUUUAAAUGGUGGCUGUUGGGAGGGAGCACUAGGAAUGGGGGCUGUGGUGCAAUGGAAGGAGUUUUCUCCUUCUUACCAUACCAUGUUUCCUAAAAGAAUUCCCCUUCCCUAUUGGAAAUGGAAGCGAAGCUCUCCUCUGGACCAACAGCUGCUCUCCUUCUAUGCUAAAUAUUGCAGGGUGGGGCUGACUUUUCGUCAGGACCACAGUGUGGGAAGAAGAGUCAAAUCCCACCUUCCUAUUUGCUGCAAUCCUGAUCGAGUCUUCCCUUUGCCCGCUUCCCGGCAGUCUCUGUUUAAAAGCCCCACAAACAAAACUAAAUGUACGUGUCUAAACUACAUGUUCGAAAUCUACUGUUUUUUGGCCACCAUGAAUCUACAAUGCAGGUUGUAGGUUCUCCAUCUUAUCUCUCUGGGAUUUUUCUUGCCACACCAGGACAGUGUGUUAUGUAACCAUACACAGCUCCUCUGUAGGGACGUGGGUGGCGUUGUGGUCUAAACCACUGAGCCUCUAAGGGCUUGCCAAUCAGAAGGUCGACAGUUCGAAUCCCUGAGACGGGGUGAGCUCCCUUUGCUCUGCCCCAGCUCCUGCCAACCUAGCAGUUCGAAAGCAAGCCAGUGCAAGUAGAGGAAAAGGUACCGCUGCGGCGGGAAGGUAAACUGUGUUUCUGUGCACUCUGGUUUCUGUCACGGUGUUCUGUUGCGCCAGAAGCGGUUUAGUCAUGCUGGCCACAUGACCCGGAAAGCUGUCUGUGGACAAACACAAAGCAAGAUGAGCGCCCCCAUAUUGACCUUUGACUGGAAUUAACCAUCCAGGGGUCCUUUACUUUUACCUCUGUAAUGGUGAAUAAGUUGGCCCAGACCCCACCUUUGAAUAUUGUCCAACUCAUUUUCUCAUUUUGAGGAAAUAAGGCAAGUCUAUAUCUGACAUACAAAUUAACUUUUCUCACUCACCACUUACCCUUACAAGGGACCUAACCAUAGUAAUUUUGAGUUGUGUAUGUAAAAUAUUACCAGUUGCCAGUUUUAAACCUCUGCCAUCUGCAGCGUUCUUCUACUGGACUGCCUGUAAGUGUACAAAAACAGGUUUAACUGGGCAAUUAGUGGCAAACGUUUCCUGUGGAACACUUUAAUUACAAGUAAAACCUUGAAUAUUUUAAUGCCAAAAGAUCAUUUUCAUUAAGUUUUUUUGUUUCUACUGCCAUUUAUUCCAACAUCCACAUGGUAAAUGUGUUCCAUGUGGGAACCUAAGAUUUUCAGAAUGAAUUGCUCUGCUUAAGGUACUAUACAAAUCGGCUUGGAUGGUUCUUGCUCCCAGUUGAGACCAAGUGAAACAAAUGGGUUGUCUACCUUUUUCUUGGCUACACAUCAGAAAAGCAGCGUUCCCAUUCCCCACAAGAAUGUCCAGAAAGGGCUAGACAGUCAUUAGACAGAAAGGAUGGUUUAUUAUGACUAAACAAUGCCUACCCUUCCUCUGCCCAAACAGCUGGUAUGAUCUGUUAUAUAGUCCUAAAAUCUUGGAACACUGCUACCUGCAUUGAGUGACCUAUACUUGAAUCACUGAGCAAACUUAUAUUUCACCUUUCCUCCAUGGAGAUCAAGGUGAACAUUGACAAUGGGAAACCGGUGUCUCCUCAGAUGCUGUUCAAACGACAACCCUCACUACCAUGUAUCAUUGGCUGACUGUGGCUGAAGAGAGUUUAGAUUAUAUGCCUCUAUUUUUGGGGUGUGGUCUCUGCUACCAGAUCUCAACCCAAACAAUUUAUGUUCAAUAGUACCUUAUAGAUGCUUUAACUUUGAUGCUGCAGGUGUAAAGUGCUUUGUCCAGAUGUAAAACUAUUUGUCAUAAUACAGGGCAUAUGUUUUCCAGCCUCCUUCUGUUUCAGUUCCAAAACCCUAAAAAGGCCAAAAGUAAAGUACUUAAGAAUAGAGCACUGGCAAGCUUUAUUACUGUAUAUAAAUUUACCAAAUUCCAGGCCAGAUUAUAAUUAAACAAAACAAAACUCAAUACAAAUGUGAUUAUGACGAUAAUGAAAUUUUCUGAGGUGAAAAUUUCAACUGAGGUGAGAAGAAUUUUAAGAGCCAAUCUACCCAUUGUGGGUUUCCUAAUUCAUGUUUCUGGGAGAAGGAAUAUGUCAUGUGCAUAAUGCUAUUUGUCUGUUAGUGUUUGAGCUAAAGUUGGAAAAUCAGGGAGUGGUUAAGAAAAAGGGAGCAGAGUGGCAUUCUUCCUGGCGCUUAGGCUCUGAAGCAAACAAACAGGAGCCUCCUGUCCAAACAAAGCAAGUAAACAGGCAGUGAAAUACCCAAGCUCUGGCACUUACUUUUUAUAGAUGCUCUGUAUCACUGUUAAGUUUUCUACUCUGGAGAGAUCAAGGGAUGUUUACUGCAGCAGUUACAAUGGGGAAGGGAGUGUCAUGAUUUGAUUUUUUUAGGGGAGGGUGGAGAGGGCAUGGUCCUGAUCUAUAAAGCAGCAGCAAAGCAUCCUUUUAUGAACACCUGAGGGCAGUUUACCUGCAUUGCCUGUUAGUGUGACUGGAUCUGUUCACAUGCUGAGAUCUGUUCACAUGCUGAGAUGCUGCAUAUUUAAAGUUUGUUUAUUUAAGUUUAUUUAAGAUGUGUGGGUGAUUUCGUUACUGUGAUCACAUCCUGAGAGUUGCUGAUGGGGUGACAAGGUUGGGUGAGCUUGGUUAUAGCUGGUGGGUGGCUCUGUGUGUCUUCUACUAUUUUUGCAUAACUAAAAGUUUUAUUUGGGCUAUUUCUACAUAACUAAAAGUUUACUUGUGCAGGUGGGCAAGAUCUGGCUGGGAGCUUCAUUUUUUUUUUUCUUUCUACCUGCUGCCGUUCCCAGAGGUGUUUACUAGUAGUAAGACAAUGGACUUUUAAUGUGCAAAACAGUGGACCUAUUGACUGUUAAUCACUAUCAUUUUUAGAUGCUAAUACUCAUUUUGCAUUUCACUACCAAGACUAUGUCUAUACUCUAUAUACCAAUGGCAGGGUGUAUAUAUAGAUAGGUUCCUUGUGUCCAAUUUGACACAGCUUUGUGACUUUGACUUUUCACAUUCUUCUAUAUAUAGUCCUGAAGGGUGUGUUCAGAUUUCUUCAUGAAGAAAGCCUCUUGGAAUUUAACAUGAAGACUGUGGUCAAUUCAACACUAUAUCUUUUGAAGUGCCUGUUUGAUUGUGCCAUUGUCAUAGCAGUUGAAGGCAACACUUCUCUUUACGAUUAUGAGGCCCCUGGUGGAGAGUAGGCUGAUAAAUACUGGUAUCCUGGUGUGAAAUUGACCCUUUGAACUAACUGGGAAGAAUUCUUCAGAUAAGCGGCAAGUGAUGUGAUAAAAAUGCCUAAACUUUUAUUGUUUGGUGUGUUCAGCAUUUAAAAGUUUAGUCUGGUUGCCAAAUAAGUGUCUUUCUUUCACCUCUGCUGGGAUGCAGAUAACACAAUAUACAUCUUUUGGGAUCUGCCACUUCCUUAUGAUCCUUGGAGUUUGUUCAGAGCAAGUAGGACAAUGGAAACGCUUCUUGCCUCAAUCCUGUCUUGAUAGUGCAAGGUUAGUGCAAAUCUCAGUGAGAGUAGAUAGGCUUUCUGGAGGAGGGUCCCUUUGUCCCAGGAGAGGGAUGGGGGAGUCUUUGAUCCUCCAAAUGUUGUUGGCUCUCAAGCCCUGAUCAGUCCUAACCAGGAUGGUCAAUGGUAGGAAAUGUUGAGAGUUGUAGUCCAGCAAUAUCUGGAGGGCCCACAGGUCUGCAAUCCCUCUCCUAGGGAUGCAUUUUUCCUGUGCCAAAUGCUCCUCCUUAUGCUGCCUCCCUCUGGACCUCUCAUGGUGAUGAUUGCAAGGUCUGUUCAUAUGGGGAGAGGUGGUUCUUUGAGAUGUUGCAGUCCUGAGUUGUUUUAUCCUGGAGCAUCCACACAUUAGUCAUUAUUAUAGUUCAAUUGUGCCUCUCCAGACAGCAAUUAUGUGGCAAACUGGGGAAGCUUUAGCAACAGUUCUGCUAAGCUUCCCCAGUUUGCCACAUAAUUGCCAUCUGGAGAGGCACCCUUGAACUAUAGCACCAUGAAAGUCUGACCAAACCCACACAAACAAACAUAACCUAUGGAACAUUUGUAGUAUGAAAAGUUACAGGAUUUUAGCAGGAAACUACUCCACGACAUGUGCCUAUUGCAAACAAACCUGAAACCAUGGAAGGAGCCAAUGGUGUUGAAAGUGUGACCACAAAUCAUGAUGAAUGCUCAGUUACAAGGGAUAUCUGGAGGGGUUGCGUCCAUCUCUCCUCCUAUCAUCCUUAGCGGAGGUAGCUGCCAUUGAGAGAGGAAUGGCUUAGCAUCCUCUAUAAUGGUAUAGCUCAGGCACGUCCAGCUUCCGAAAGACAGUGAUCUACUCCCACUACAAAUAAACUGGCAGUGAUCUACCCAUUGGAUUGCCCCCCCUUUUUGGUUGUUCAUUUGGGGCAAUCAGUCAGGAUCCCAUGAUCGACCACAGACACCUGGUGAUCGACCGAUAGAUCGCUUCGACUGGUUAGACAUCCCUAACCAGGAGUGUCAGCAGGAUGCUCAGCUAUUCGGCGGUGGAACAUAUUGGCGAUUCCAACACACGCAUGUCGGUUCUCAUUCUCCCUAAUCAAGAGUUCUUGAAGCAAGAAGCUCCAUUCUUUCAGCAGCAACAUUUCAAGGCUCCUCCCUGCUCUCCCUUGUCUACCAUGACAGCAGUUGCUUCCUUCCUAAGGAGGAGGAAUCUCAGGUGUGUGUCUGUGGAGGACCUGGAAGGAGCUGGAAAUGAAGUGAAGAACUUCUCCACGCAGUCUUGGUGCAGGAGAGGUUUUGUGCCAUUAGAGUGGGCACAACAGGGAGAUUUUGGAGGAGGAAGGAUUUGGGACCAGGGAGCCCAAAGAAGUAGAUUACAUUAUGGUGGGGGACUAAAUGGAACAUAUUGGCUGGAGUUUCCCAAGCAAUUAUUGGCUGCAGACCUCUUGUAAUUCCGCCACACCCCAUCGGUUUUCUAUUGGAACAGAAGCCUCAGUUUCUUGGCCAAGGACCGUAGCUUGGUGUGUAGAGCACAUGCUUUUCAUUUAUAAUGCCCCAGAUUCAAUCCAUGACAUAUUUCCAGUUAAAUCAGUUAGUGGAUGAUGGGUAAAGACCUGCCAGAGGCUCUGGGGAGCCACUGUCAAUCAAGAGUGGACAACACUGGGCUUAGAAUUAAGAGGACAACUGUUUUGGCCUGGUAUAAGGCAGCGGUUCUCUGUACUGGUGAGAGCUUCUAUGUCUGUUGCUUCAGGUUAUUUUCUUUAUCUUUUCCAGUCACCCUUUCAAGAUUAAGCUUAGAGGAGGAGAUGAACCCUAAGCUAUGCAUGCCAAUUUAUCCAGGAGUGCCCUGCCUUUGAGACGGCUGUCACUGCAUAUGACAGAACUCCUUUCCCCCCCCUCAUCUUAACACAUUCCAGUGUAGCCUUGGGAAAUGUUCCCUGAGCUAAUAAUUUGAAUCUUGUUUCAACUUACUCAAAAGGGCGUUGUUCUGAUAGAGGAUAAUUGGGAGGACUUAAGAAAUAUAUAAAAUUUCAGAUUAGGGGCUGGGUGCCUUUGGAAUGACUAGCUUUGAGGAAAUUGAAAAACAUGUUGCUUAAAAAAAUUUGGAAGUGGCUCAAAAUGAGAAUGAUGCAUUAAUUUAAUUAUACUGAACUAUAAGUAUAUAAUAUGGGAAGAAAUAUGGUCUGUGCCUGGAAGCAGUUUAGUAGAAUUAAACUACUGUAUCAGCACUCAUUUAUUCUUGUUUUUUUGGAAAGAGCGUCAGUCUUUGAAAACAGCAAACUGCUUCUGUGCAUGGAAGCAGGGGAACAUAUCCCACCCCCAAUAUACAAUAGGUAAAUGUGUGAGAAGUCAGAAUGUGCUUGUUGAAUCUAGGGAUCAAUUCUAGUAUCGGUCGUGACUACUGCAUCACUUUUGUACAGGUAAGAAAAAUGUUUCUCAGAUUUUGAAAUGGUUGUGGAUGGGAACAUAGAAAGUUGUCUUAUACUGAGUCAUACCUUUGGUCCUUAUAGCUCCAUCAGCUACUAUAUAUUUUACAAAGAGUGAGUGCAGUGUUCCUGUCUGCUCGUAUCAAAUGGAAUACUGAGAUACCUUUAGCAUUUAUUUGGAAGUUAAUAUUGUUAAAACCACAUAAGAGUGUGCUCAGGAUCAUAGCUAUCCUUGUACAAAUACUAAAAAACUAGGGUUUCAAUCCAAAGAUUGUUUUGAAAGAUUAAGGAAAACGAAUGAUUAAUGUUUUUUGACUGGUGCACAACCAACAAUAGCGUCACUGCAACCUACACAACAGUGGAUUAAAGGUCUCUCUGUAGGAGGUAACAGAAAUUGACAUCCAAGAAUAGGCCAUCUGACCUUGAGUAACACUGAAUAUAGUCUGUCUGGUUUGGAGAAGAGACUAAGAUAACAGAAUUUCAACCAGGCUUUGAUGCUUCUGUGCUAGUAAUAUUGUGCACCGAACAACAACUUCCUUGUUCAUCUCUGCUGCUUUUGCAUCCAAGAAGUUGCUAGUCACUUUUGGAGUGGGUGGGAGAGCAGAUAGUGGUGUAGGAGCUGUUACAAUUGCCCCCCUGCAUCUUUCUUAUCAUGUGGAGUCUUAUUCAUUGACACCCAUGUGAACCUGGACUCCCCGGAUCCAGACUAACUUAGUCUGAUUGAGAAAAUGAAAACAUGGCUAACCUGUCACAUGGAUUUUAAUGGAACUUGUGUUCUGCUGCAACCUUAUACUCCCUUACCUGGGAGUAUGACUCAUUGAACUUGGGGCUUACUUUUGCGUAGGGUUGUUUUGCACUGUUAGUCUGCAUCCAGCCUGUUGUUUAUUCAGCAUAAAUAUGAGGUGAAGUGGUAAUACAAGAAUAUAAGUUUCUGGAGUUGUACCCAGAGUUUUCCCUGCUCACGACUACUUUAGGUCCAUUAAUUACAUUUAGUCUACUUGAAGUACAUCUUGGUUGGCUACCACCUUCAAUAACUCUCACAUCUGACCAAGUAAGCAUGGAGGAAGCUCUCUUGCUGAUUAGUGAGGGAAAAGAAGAUGGAACUAACUAGGAAGAGUGUUAUAGAUUUACCACUGAGUAGCUCAUGUACUAGGGACGCAGGUGGCACUGUGGGUUAAACCAUGGAGCCUAGGGCUUGCCGAUCAGAAGGUCAGCGGUUCGAAUCCCCAUGACAGGGUGAGCUCCUGUUGCUCGGUCCCUGCUUCUGCCAAUCUAGCAGUUUGAAAGCACAUCAAAGUGCAAGUAGAUAAAUAGGUACCGCUCUGGCGGGAAGGUAAACAGUGUUUCCGUGCACUGCUCUGGUUUGCCAGAAGCGGCUUAGUCAUGCUAGCCACAAGACCCCGAAGCUCCCUCGGCCAGUAAAGCGAGAUGAGCGCCACAACCCCAGAGUCGGCCACGACUGGACCUAAUGGUCAGGGGUCCCUUUACCUUUAGCUCAUGAUAGAAUAAAUGUCAGCUUGUCGGCACAAUUGCGUAUUUCUUAGAAUUCGGCUCUGGAUAGAUGGCAGUUCUGUUCUUAGCAAUUGUGUUUUGCUUGCCUUGAAUUUUGGAAAAACCCAAUUGGCUCAAAGCCCGUGCUUUACUUACCAGGGCAUGGUUGUGUUGCAGCUCCCUUACACACAUGUAUGGGUGUGGUUAGGGCCUGGGUGGGAGACUGCUUGGGAACUCCCAUGUAUGCUGCCUCAAGCUCCAUGAUAGAAGGAAGGCAGAAUAUAAGUGCACUUAAUCCUGUAGCCUUCAGUUCAGACUCUUUUUGAACUACAGUAGUAAAACACGUCCCAGCAACAGACAGCAUGAAUGUUUUGGAAAUAAAGGUUUGAGUUCAGACUUUUUCCUGCAGUUCCCGACAAAUGACCUCCUCCUGUUAUGGAAACUUCAAGGAAAGAAACCCCCCAGGAAAGAUGUGAGUGAAUAACUGUUCUUUACUCAUAACAGGAUCCAGACAGCUAUGUAAGCUAAAUUGACAAGCAGAAAGUUGGUCAUCCCCCUGUUAAGGUGGAACUCAAGUUUAGCUUUCAGAUUUUUCUGUUGGUAGACUCUUUCUUGGAUUUCUUCACAACCUUUUACCUGUGAUACCCGUGAAACUCAUCUUAAACAUAAUAUAGUUACUUAGCUACUGGCAGUCAUGUAUGAAAAGUUCAAGGAAAAGUGUUUUGUGUGUGAUGCAUUUUGGAAAUUUCUGCUCAGCAUGGGGCCAAGAUGGCUUAUAACUGUUAUCUAGGUAUAACUGACACCUCUUAUCUAUUCUCUCUGCAAUACAAUAUAUUGUUGUGUUUGGGCCGAAUAUCACCAGAGUUUAAAUUAAUUAUUGUGAGUGAACCUUACUAGUGGUUCAGUCCAAUAAGUUGUUGUUUUUUUAAUGAGCUGGAAUAGCUCAGUCAGUAAAGCAUGAGACUCUUAAUCUCAGGUUCAUGGCUUCAAGCCCCAUAUCAGGCAAAAGAUACCUGGAUUGCAGGGAGCUGGACCAGAUGACCGCUGGGGUCCCUCCCCACUCUACAAUUCAGUGAUUCUAUGUGUGUCUCGGUUUGAUCUGAGUUUGCUGGUAGGGAGUGAGUGUUGUUAGCACUCAACCAGCCAUAAACAGACCUGCAGUUUCAGUGGGUCCUGCCCCAGGGGGCCAAAAAACCCAGCACCACCAGCUGUUCCAUUGUGGGAAGGGCGCUUCCUGCUUCCUCUCCUAUAAUAAUAACUUUAACAGCAGCUGAGAGUCCAAAGGGAAUUUGGCAACCAGUUGAAAGUGUUGCUAGCGCUCUUCCAACCACUUCCCACACACCCACCUGCCAAUCUGGUGUGUGUGUGUUGCGCUGUGAAAAGAGUAGGGAGAAGUGAGUGGGCAGCAACAAGGUAUUUGAAGUAGCACCAGCAAAGCUUCAAGGUGAGACUAGUGAAAAGCAGCAAGAGGGCAGUGGCAGCACAUCAUCGACAAGAAGUGGCCGCAAGAGGCUUCCAUUGAUCAGCUGCGCAGAGCAUGUUUUCUGAAUGGAAUUUAUUCUUCACCUUGAAGGGUUGUAGUUCCAUGGGGAGAACACAUGCUUGCUUUGCAUGGAAACAGUCCCUGGCAGCUCCAGGUAGGGCUGAGAUAGACUCGUCCGUUGUUGUAGACAGCAUUGUGCUAGAUGGGCCAGAAAAUGGCAGCUUCCUAUGUUCAACUAACCUGAUUAAGAAACAGACUGAAGGUAUUUCAGCCAAGUCCUAUGAAUAGCAUGUAUGUGAGUACUCUGGCAUAAUAUCUCUAUGUUCAAAGUUUGCAUUUAGAACUGCCUCUUUAACAAAUAUGUGAGUUAAGAUUUCAAACAGGCAGAGUGUAAAUAUAAUACGUACCUAGUCCGAGAUUGGUAGUAGACAGGUCCCGUCCAGCCUGAAAAGAGCAGAAUGUACUGAGCCAUUUUAAAAAGAAACUUAAAUGGCAGUGACUUUUAAUCACCUUGAUGUCUGGGUUCAAUUUUUUCCAUGUAGAAAAAUUCCAUAGACCACUAUUUAUAACAGAUCAUUGUUUUUAUUUAUCUCCCUUGACACUGAGCACAGGGCACAAGCUGAAGGGAAAUACAGAGACCCUUUUCUCCCCUUUUUAUGCUCAGCUUUUAGUGAGGUGGUUUUUGUUUUCUUAAACCACAGUUUCCCAUGACAUCUGAAAUGGGAAACUGUGUCUUAAGGGCUCCCUGCAAAUCAGCUUAUGAAUUUGGAUUAAAUUCAAAGAACAAGGUCACAAGUCAAUAUUUUGUCAAUAUCUGGAAAUACAGUGUACACACACACACACACACACACACACACACACACCCUUGCAAUGCACUGAGUUAAAGGGAAUUAUUAAAUUAAUUACCAGGAAGUAUAUUACUGCUAAGCGAUUACAUGUGAUGAUGGAAACUACAAUUCUGUAUGUUGCAGAUGUGGACCAGAUGUAGGAACUUUCUUUGUUUAAUGAUGUGUCCUAGAGCAAACUGUUGGGAGGAGAGGAAUAAAUGGGUUUAUAGGACCACAGCUAAAGUUGUAUCGUCUCCUGUUUGUGUACAUACACAGAAAAGUUGCUGUAAAAAGAAUGGGAAUAUAUAUCCUGUGGCCUUUUUAGCUGAUGUUUGCUGAAUACUGGAAGGCAAAUAAAAUCCCCCAAGAAGAAGAAAUAAUUUGUCUAUGGUAGUUCUUUCCCUUUAUUAUAAAAGGGUAGAAGUGUGAAGAUUGAAAAUAAAUAUAUUUUAGAAAUAUUUGUUCAAAGUGACUAUUCAGGUUUCAUUCCGCAAGUAUUUACAUAUUGUAUUAACAUUUAUAAUGUUUAUGGUGCAUUCUGUUUAUCUUUACAGUUUUCAGCUUGUUAAUUUGGUUUACACUUCACUGGACCUAAAACCCAUGUAAUACAUUGCCAUCUUCCAACUUUAUUUCCUGCGCUUAAUUUUGAGAAAUUUGUGCCAGAAGAAUUUGGUAGUACACUACAGUACUUUGCUUCAGGUCAGAAUCGAUACAAAAAGCAGUGUGGAAAAACAAGCCUAAACAAAAGUUAGUAGUUACUUUAUGCGGAUUACUAGAACUGAAUGAGAAUUUGGGCCAGAACUUUUGAUUUUUGCUGUCUAGUGUUCUGUACUCCCUGCAUAUGCAGAUUUGUUUCACAGCACUUUGGAAUGCCAAUCCAAAACAUCUUUUCCUAUGAUAACCCACUGAGGCAACAACUUCACCAUCCUUUUCAGAAGAACAUUUUAAGGUUAGCAGCAACAUGUGACAUGUCCCACAAUCAAAGCAUUUCCAUUGUCAUUGAAAACGGAAGUUUUAAAACAAAACAGCAAUGCUAAAACUUGUUUACAAGUGUAGCUAUUUCACCCCAGGGUGUCCAGUCAUCCCUUAGGAAGUGACCUGCAAUACACAAUUUGCACCUGGAUAAUGUGUAUGUGAUGUUUAAACUGGUCAUCAGUGAUGUAGGCUGAUUGCUAUCAAGAGAGAGAUCCUCUAGCCUGAAGGUAUAUGUCUAAUAGCGGAGUGAUUAGUCUAGAUAAGGAUGUUUAUACAAUGCUUAUUCCAAGUUUCUGCCAUGUACUGAGAGACAAGAGAGUCUCCUUGUGACCUGGAUGUGCUUCAGCAGCCAGAACCAAAAGUAACAUUAAUACAACUAUGACGAUGACUACUACUAGUAGUAGUAGUAGCAGCAGCAGUGGUACUAGUAGUAGUAGUCAUUUUUUUUUUGUACCCUGCCCUUCUGACUGGGUUACCCCAGCCACUCUGGGUGGAUUCCAACAUAUAUAAAAACACAAUGCAUGUAUGUAUAAACUCUCAUUCCAUUGUCAUUUUAAAAUUAACAAUGCAAAGAAAGACGAAAGAGGAAUUCUUGCCCUCAGUGGCAAAGAUGCUAGCUGUUCCUUCAUAGUGCUGCACAAACUAGAGAGGAAUGGCGUCCCAUUAAAUCAUUAGCUGAAACAUGAUUAAAUCAUCCUUCUAAUGUAAGAUAGAAAGAGAAUUGUGGUGAGCAGCAAGGCAUCAAUUUAAUGUAUUAAAGCACCAUCAAUGUACAUGGCACUUAACAGAGUAAGGGAAGUAAAAAAAUAAAUAAAAUAAAAAUCAACCCCCAAACCAUAGCUGUCAACUUUUCCCUUUUCUUGCGAGGAAUCCUAUUCGGAAUAAGGAAAUUUCCCUUUAAAAAAGGGGAAAUUUGACAGCUAUGCACACAAAACAGGAGGAGCUUUCAAUCUAAAGGGAAGAAAGAUGAUACAGUACAGGGGUCAGCAAACGCUUUCGAAGGAAGGCUGCAGGAAGCUCCUGCAGCCAAUCGAAAGCCAUGGAAGCCGUGUCGGAUGUUCGGCUGCCAAAAAUAGUUCGCAAACCGGAACACUCACUUCCGGGGUUGCGGCAUUCAGGAGUCAAAACCUUCGAGAACUAAGCUGUUUGAAAACCAAGGUGCGACUGUAUUAUCUUUCUCUAAAGAGGCAUGGACAUCACUGUUGAUGUUUCAAGGGAACUUAAUGUAUAGCGAUACUUCUGGGAGCAAAACCAUACCAAUGAACCGGAUUUUGUCAUGUUUUCUGGGUGAGAAAAUGCUUUUCCAGUUGGAGCUGCUCAUGUUUCUUUCCAACACUCUUUAAGAACAACAAAAAACUUGGAAGUCCCUUUUAAGAGUCCUAGUGCGCAAUUUUUCUCCUAGAACAUUGCCUCUAUUUUGCCACAAUUCCAGGUGAUGAUAUCUACAUGAGGAACCUGUGGAAUAGAGGCAUCUCUGCUUGGCCCUUGGGAACUCUUCGCAGGCUGCUUCCUGCACUCCAAACCCUCGACUGCUUUUACCUAUCUAGAUGAUGGUGCCCCUGAACUGUGGUGUGGCAAUUCUUUUUUUUUUUUUUGCUUACCUGGGUGGAGGACGGACACAUUUUCUAAGCAGAAACCCUCUGACAUUUGCAUGGGUGGAAUGUAGAUUAAUGUGCAAAGUAAGAGUAACAUCUGCUUCUCCAACUGUGCUUUGCGUUUGUCUCCUGGGAUGAUGCACCCAGAAGCUUACCCACAAGGAAGAAAUGUUCCCUGUCUGAUCAAAAUGCUUCGCUUCCCCCCCCCCCCAGGUUCUUGAGCUCAAUUAGCCGACUACUCUUUUUGCCGCAAAUGUGGGAGAGCUCUUCCACCAGCAACUUGUUCCAAAUAAUUCAAACAAGACGAGUGUGGGCUGCAAUAUGGUGUAUUUGCUACUGUGCCACAAACUCCUGUAUAGCCCCCUACUUUACUUGGAACCUGGCAAUAAUAGCAACAAACAGGACAUUAUAGGGGUUGGGUUCUGCCCCAGUGUUAUCACGCUGGAAUCACAAUUGCUAAGAGAGACCUUGAGGUGGGGAUUCUACGUAGAAAUGAGCUUCAUAUAGAUCAGAUUUUAUAAACAGGUGUAAUAUAGCAUAAGCAGCAAUUAAUUUUGUAAGAGGGGAACGCUUGCCAAGCUGCAUGGAAUUUGGCUUAAUGUUGCUUGUAACAACAACAGUCUUUCUGUGUGCUCUUAAAUCUGUUCUGCCUGACAAAUGUCAUCUACCAGUAGUUUACUUCAUGAUACUCUUCUUGGAUAAUUUAUGAGGCAAACUGUUUUAUCUUUAUUGAUGAAGGCUCCAAGGAUUGGGGAGGAGGAAUGGGUGGAGCUUGUUAAAACAGAAUUCAUUCUGCUGAGCUGCCAACUCUGGGACAGCUAAACUUCCCCACUGAAAUAAGCCUGAGCCUUGAUGGACCUUGUGACGCACAACCUUUUCCUUUUAAGAAUGGAGAAAAACAAAACAAACCCAAAAAGAAUGGAUUCACCCUUGGCAAUAACAAUGCAUUUGAGACAUGAUUAACUCCUCUUAGCAUCCUGUGGAUAAAUUUGCCUCAUUCAAAUUUUGAAUCUUGUAGGAAGUUUCCGCAGACUUCUUCAUCCCACCCAAAAUAGCAGGCUGUAAAAUUGUAGUGCCAUUGCACAUGGAAUAGAUUUAAGCAGCCCCCAAUUCCUUGUACAUACUAGCCAUUUUUUAAUAUACCUCAAACAAAACAUUCCCUUCUGACUCCCUGCUGUCACUUUUUAAAUUAAUGACUGGAAGCAAGAAAAUGGUGUCCUGCCUGGGAUCAGUCACCUGAAUGAAUCAUAAGACCAGCCCUGAGUCCAUCUUCCUUCCAUUAUCUUUCCAUUUUAACAAUUUCCAGAGGGAUAGCUGUGCUGUUGCUUUUAAUUACAAUUAGCUUGGUGUUCUUUGUUACAAAAAACAAACAACAAAAAACCAUCACAUUUAAUUAACAUAGACUUCCCCCACACCCAAAUAAUGUUUCAUAUGUGGAUUUAGAUCAGGCAUAGACAAACUGCCCUCCAGAUGUUUUGAGACUACAAUUCCCAUCAUCCCUGACCACUGGUCCUGUUAGCUAGGGAUGAUGGGAGUUGUAGUCCCAAAACAUCUGGAGGGCCAAGUUUGCCUAUGCCUGAUUUUUACAUGAAUUGUUUUAAAUAACUAUACAUUCUUGUUUAAGGUACAUAAACUCCUUCCUUGAGAGGAAUAAAAAAAAAUUCACCUGUAUAUAAAACAUAGCCACAUAAUGUAAAUGUGUGUGGUCAGUCACAUUUGGGAUUAGUUAGCAGCUGUGUUUGUCUUACGGAUAAUGCUGUAAUAUGUGUUGUGCACUACAUACUCUUGAUAAUGCAUUCUCACAGGGAAUUUGAAGUUGAGAAAUCACUUCAUAUUCCCUAUAAGAAAUUUGGUACCCCAAAUAGGGUUUUUUAAUAGUAUGUAUCAAAGACUAUUAUCCACAAACUUCCUGAAUACCAAACAUGAACAGAUGUUUGGGAUUCUUUUAGGUUUAAAUAUAUCUUGUUUUAAAAUGCUUUUUAAAAACUCUGUUGCAUCUUUGACUGAAAAGUUGCAGCUACAGAUGAAAUGGGUGGUUGGAAAAAGUAUUCACCUUCAGGUGUUAACAUUUUCUCUCUCUAAUAAUUCUUCUAUGUAAGUAAAUUGGAGAUCUAAGGGAGUAAUACGGCUAAAUAGUUGCCAUCAUGCAGGUAUUGGGAGUGAUUAAUCAUCAGAGAGAUAUGCCUGCAAGCUCUGUUAUCUUCUCCUCUGGCAGGAUCUGUUUGUCUCAUUCUCCCCCAAGUGAUAAUUUGUUUGCUGUGCACAAUUUUAAGUUGCAUGUGACACAAGGUAUCAUUUAAAGAACAAUGCAGAUUAACUGAAUUCAAGAAAAUGUUUUGGUUUCUGACCAACAAACAAACAGAGGCUAAACAGAAAAAUAAAUAAAUUGGAUCUUAUUUGAGUAUAGGAUGGAUAAAUCUGCAUGUGUAUGUAUUUAAUUUAUUAAAAAAACUGCACUGAAAACCAUCUAAACAUAUGCAUUUGAAUAUAUAUUAUCUCAUAAGAGUGUCAAUUAAAAAUCACUGUUACGAAGUUGGGGACCUGAAAAUUGUUGCACUGUGUAGAGAAGCGCAAAAUAAGGCAAACAGCUAUGUUCCAGUGCACAAAUUAUUGUGGAUCCACUUUUGUACUGGAAGUGGUAAAGACUGAAUGUCUCAGGCAUACCUAGUAGAGUUAUACUGCAGGGUUCCUAGAGUGAAUGGCAGGCUAGUUGUUGAAGGCUGUUGAAGCCUGAAAAAUCAUAUCUAAAAUGAGAGCUGGAAAAAAAGUUUCCACUUUAAAAUGUACAAAGAAGGAGCAGCCGUGUCAUUAGUUCAUCCCGUUUUGAAAGUUCAUCAAGUUGAUUCAGUGCUGGCUGUUGGCCAAGCAUGUCUGAAUUAUAAAUACUGUUGUCUGACCAGGGCCAAGUCUUGCCUAGCUGUUGCACUUACAAACUUAACCUUCAGCUAUCUGUGCUCAAAUACCAACAUUCUUCGCCGGUGUCCCUGUUACUUGGCACUGGAAACCCAAUUCUACUUCUGAGCUGUUAAGCUUUACUAAACUCUUCACUGCUAAGUGUGCAAUGUUACACUGAAGCUUACAAUGAGGUCUGUUGUUCGGCUGAAUGGAAAUGUUUGUUUAGACAGCUUUUGCACCCAAGUUCUUAGAUAACAUAUGUUUAAACUCCAGUAUUGUAGGUAGUUCAGUCAAUUCACAAUCAGUAGUUUAUAGGUUCAGAUGUUGCAGAGGCUUGUUCAGCAGUAAUACAAAUUAAUCACUGGCGACAUUUGGAAGGCCACAGUUUCCUCACCCCUGAUACAAACCUUUGACAAUUUGCUGCAGGAGGCUAAUAUGCCUGCUUUUUCAGGAACUAUAACCCUCCACCUUCCUUACUUUGUUGUCUUUACAAAUGCCCUACACUACAUUUAUUCAUACCCGUUGUAGGCACUGAAGUAUAGAUUGAAAUCCUAUACACACUUAAGUCCCAUUGAACUUCAUAAGUUCAGUAUUUCUGAGUAGACAUGCAAAAGACUGCACUAUUAAGUAUCUUAAUACAGCAAAGGCCAGUGUAAUGUUUAAGGCAGCAAUCCAGACUGGGGCAGAGGGAGCAUGGCAUGGCAGAUUCACUACUGGAUCAGGCAGAAGGUGGUAGCAUAGUGUUUGCACCUAUUUUGCUAUGGCAGCUCUGGAUUGGCACAGCACAGAGGCCCAAACUGUGUCAGUUUACAGAACCUGGACCAUCGCUGGCCCUGCUGCCACCCCAGGGUCCCAUUUUGAGACAUUCUGCUGGCUGCUUCAGAAUGCAGGUGCAGAAGGGGCCUGCCACUACUGAAUCCUACUCUUUGCCAGCAGCACUGAUCAAGGAAUAGGAUUGCUCCUAUUAAAUACAAGUAAGCUAUCUGUGUUAAUAAACACAAGCAAGCACCAGAGUUCUAUCUGCAGCCCAACUAAACCAGGCUAUUCGGCUACACUAGAGUUUAGUUCUACCGAAGUUAAUGGGACAAAAACAGGGCUAAAAUGAAAUACCUGGGUUCCUGGAGUCGUGCAGUAAGCCGCUUAUGCCACCUGCCCACAAAUUGAGGAUUUUGUGACUUCACAAAUUGGUUGUGAGGCUAAUACUUGAGCUUUGAAAGAGAAUUACUUAAUCGCUUUUGACUAUAAUUGUUAAAGGGAUCAAAGGUUCAUAGAGACCUGAAGAAGCAGUGAGGCAUGCUCCUAUAUUUCUACCCCAAGGUGUAUAAUUAUUAGGCAGUAUAGUUUUAACACAUAAAUCCAGGCUUGUAAUGGGAUGUGCAGAUACAAUUUGAAUUACGAGAGAUCUUGAACCUUGCUGUAAGACCCAUGGCCAAUGCACAGAGAAAUGAGAAGCGGACAAACACGAAGUUCCAAGCCAUUGUUGCUUUUUGUUGUCUCCUGGGGAGCAAUGCUUUUCCUUCCAGAAGUACCUAACUUUCCUUGGCUUACAUGGUAGGGAAUGCUUAGGCGAUUCAUAUGGAAAUGCUUCCCUUCUCAGAAUAGCCAUAUGCUUGUUAAUUUCUGACCCAGUGGCAUCCUCUUGCUGACUUCCUUGUUGUGCGAUGAUGAAGGGAGUGCCUGGGAAGAAAGGGGAAAUUGAUGAGGCCUCCCAUCUUUUUGGUUUUACGCACCCAUGUGUUUCAGGACUGACUUGGCUGCUCCUCUCCCCAGCUUUUAUGGCCACUUGUAGUUCAUACUGGGUCACCAGUGAUUGAUUGGUAGCGUUGACUGGCGCUUAAGGAAUUAGAAACUGCACAGGGGUCAGCUCAGAUAUGUAGCCAGGAGGGCUUUUAGGCACAAUGGAGGGUGGAGUUAGGGUGACAUAGACUGAAAACUUAACAUGAACACCAUUUAAAAACCGCCACUUUUCUCCAGCACGUCCCCACCCUCAGGAUGUGAGCUGCCUCCUGUGUCUGAAAAUACCCUGCCUCGGACUCAGUUGCCUGAGAGAGGAAAUUGAGAGUCUCCUCCCUGAGGAAAUGCAAUGCACCCGUCUGCCUCUCAGCCGGGGCAAUUGAUCUUCCAAGUGGGCAAAGACUUGACAGCAGAAAGUGAAGGAAUUUCCUUAAGCUUCUUCACAGUGAAAGAGCUGAACUUGGCGUUAAAGAGGGCCGUUUCCCGCCCCAUUCAACUGCGUGUCCUGCUCUUGAGUAAAACCCCCUUGAGGAAUGAUUUUGUGUGUGCGUGUGGAGGCGACUGACUGAAGAAGACGCUCCUUCGGCGGGAUUUGUCAAGGCCCCUUGAGAGGAUUGCUCGGCGGCGAAGGGGGUGGGCGGCUGUGAGGGGUGGGGGGGCGUCGGGGAGGAGCGAAGACCGCCGCGGACUCCGGUCUCGCGAAGAAAUGGGCAGGAGCGGCGGGGGCGCCCAGGGAGCCGGAGAGGCAGGGGGCUGACUGGAAGCUCUGUCGAAGGGGGACAGCAGGGAGGCUUCUUCCUCCGGGAAGUUUUUUUCCGUGUGGAGGCGUCCGCCUCUGAUGCAGUGAAGAGACGAGCCACCCCCCUCCCCCCCUUGGUAGGUAUGCCUGCCUGCGCGCCGUGUGCGUUGACUGCGGUGCUUCGUGUGAGGGGGUGCAAUGGCCAUCCGUUUUAGAGCGACGGUAGCUUAGAGGGGGUGCGGGAAUCGGGGUCUGAGGAAUUUUGUGUUAGGGGGGAGGUAUGACAGGGGGGGAGCCCGAAAGAAACGCUCUCCCCUUCUUUUUUAUUAUUAUUGUUUAUGCUUUUUCGGCUCCCCUGAGGCGUUGCGCACGCCAGCGGGUGAAGCCCUCCGCCCCGCCCGGGCCGCAGAGCAGCCUGUGGCGUUUGCAGCGGUGCUUCGGGCUUGCGGAGACUGCACGCGCUUCUCAUUGGUCGCGAGGAGUCCCGCGCUGCAGUCCCUGGCGAGCCCAGGGGAGCGAAGGAGGAGCGCGCGCGGGGAGAGCGAGCGCGAAGUGAAGGCGAGGCGAAGCAGUUGGCGUAGGAAGGGCAGCCUCCUGCCUCACCGAAAAAGGGGGCGAGCUUCCCUAUCCUGAGGAAGCCUGGGCAUCUCCCUUCUUCCGCGCCCCGCACAAGUUCCCCAUUCAUAAGUUCCAGUUUUAAAAGUAAAGCCACCCAUCCAUGUCAUGGGGUGGGGGGGAGUUAUUGUCUGGUCCCAAACAGAGAUAAGUGCUUGGGGUUUCUUUCCCCCCCCUUUUGUAAUGAAGAUCCUUCCCCCCCCCGGGGGGCCUUCUGCUUCCGUGCCCCCUCCUUUUUUAACAAGAGGCUUAUCGCUUUCAUGAUAAAUAAAUAAAUGGUCCAUGCACACUUCUUCAGACACGCUGAAAGAGAAGUCACCAGACCCUUAUAUAUAGUGGGAGGGUGGGGAGGGGUUUUUCACAGAAGGGUAGUAAGAGAUGGGUACAUGGGUUUACCAUACGCACUGAGUCAUUGGUGACUUCUGUUUCAGUGUGUCUGAAGAAGUGUGCAUGCACACGAAAGCUUAUACCCAGAACAAACUUAGUUGGUCUUUAAGGUGCUAAAGCUAAAGGGUAAAGGGACCCCUGACCAUUAGGUCCAGUCGUGGCCGACUCUGGGGUUGCAGCGCUCAUCUCGUUUUACUGGCCGAGGGAGCCGGCGUACAGCUUCCGGGUCAUGUGGCCAGAAUGACUAAGCCGCUUCUGGCGAACCAGAGCAGCACACGGAAACGCCGUUUACCUUCCCGCUGGAGCGGUACCUAUUUAUCUACUUGCACUUUGACGUGCUUUCAAACUGCUAGGUUGGCAGGAGCAGGGACCGAGCAACGGGAGCUCACCCUGUUACAGGGAUUUGAACCACUGAAAUCCUAGGCUCUGUGGUUUAACCCACAGCGCCACCCGCGUCCCUUUAAGGUGCUGCUGGACAAUUAUAUAUAUAUAUAUAUAUAUAUAUAUAUAUAUAUAUAUAUAUAAAUUUAUUUUGACUGUGUCAGACCAACAUGGCUACCUAUCUAAAUCCGUUUUCAUUAGUCAACAUUUAAAAGUUCAGUGCAUUCCAUUGUGGCAGAAAGUUGGGAUAGAAAUGUCACACAGAAGUAAUUCACUUCUUGGGCACCUUUUCUCUUUUUUGCCUGCACCUCUGAGGAAGAAGGGCAUCCUGGCAUUUCUGCCCCAGAGCCCUGAGCAUUUUUGUUGUGCCAAUUUCUCUCCUCUUACUCCUGUAGACAUGCCACAGAUGGAGGACGUUUAAUUCAUCAGACCUGCCUGCUGGAAAUGACUUUUUUUUUUUUAAAGGCAGGCAGCUUUGACCAAAAUGUAGCAAAGAUCUUCCAAGUUUAAAGCCGAAAUCUUCAAGCCAUUAAAAAAAUAACAUAAAGAGGAAGUCAUUCAUAAGUAAGGUUUGGUAGAGGGAGUCUUAAACACUUCAGAGAGACUAUUCCUGACUCAAGUAGUUUGUAUAGACUGCAUCCUGUGGACUUUUGGGAGUAAGGCCCCCAUUGGGUCUUCUUAGUAGACACAAAUAAGAUUCCCCUUUAAAGUGAAGUUAAAGCAUUCUCUCCCCACUCCAAAUAAAGCCCCACAUGUUGGCUUUUAUUUUUAUUUUUUAAAGAAUGGGGCUAAUUUAUAUGCAAAUCUACUGCUUACUUUACUACUUCCUUGAACAGUUUUCUUUGUAAAUGAUUUCCCUCCCCAAAGUUAGAGUGGUAAGUUUUAACAAAGAAGUAUGGUGUUCAAGAGCCAACAGGUGAUGGGAGUGAAACCUGAGUAUAUAUUUACACUGGAGUAAAAUCUGGCCGCUGUUUCCUAUGGUGGCUGUUUAAAGAGAAAUGUAAAGCAUAUAUCAAUAGGGAUAUUUUAAAAAGUUAGAGGAAAAACUACUUCUUUGGGAUAUUGCUUUCCUACCCUGAACUGUUUUGUUGAGCUUAAUUUCCAUCGAGACAAAGCCUUUUGUGUGUUUCCAUCCUAAUUAAUAUGUCAGUGCUUUUCCUCUGCAAGAUACAGCCAAGCAUUUCUAAAACCUCAUUUCUUUCCUGUGGGUCUUUUCCUGGGAGUAAAUCCCAUUGACCUCAAUGGGACUUACUUCUGAGUAGACACAUAUAUAGAAUUAUGCCAUUGAAUCUAUUCCAGUGGCACAUUGGAUCAUGCCUAUAGAGAUUUAGAGGGACAAAUAUAAUGUGUAUUGUGAUAUCUGAAGAUAAAGAGAAACUGAAAUAUUUUAAUCAACAUCUAAGAUCUUUUUGCUAUUUUUUGUUUUGUUUCUCAAGUGUUACUAAAGUGUAAAUGAUUUCAAUAUAGAAUUGAAUAAGUCUGGUUCCCUAUCACCCCUUCCUCUUGCACUUGAAAUAUAUGUAUGUUAAUAUCCAGCUUUGGUAAUAUUGCCACUCCUUGCUCUCUUAAUAUCAUGCACAUUAGAACAGCAACAAAGACACCUGCUUUUUAACCUCAAGUUCUGACCCUUUGGGUUAUAGUUGCAGUGUACUGUGAGCUAGGGGUGUGAUAUGCAUCUUGAAUUCCCCAUAGCCUUGUUAACAAGCAGUUUAACAAAAAGUUGUUAAACAAUUUGCCCUGCAGGACAGAGUUAAACAGCAGGGGGCAGGGAAGGAUGUUUGUGUAACUGGCCUUAUGAAUUGUGACCUCUUACGAUCUGGUCAGAGGUGACCACAGAGCAUACAUACUCUGGGAGCUGGAAAUCUUAACAUAAGGGCUAGUUUCACACAUGGCUUCAACUGUUGCCCAGAGAACAAGGAUACAUCUAUCUUUUAAAACUGGGUGUCUCUGGUAGCUUUUAUGCAAAGAGUUCUUUAGAACAGCUUUUUAUUAAAUGACAAUAGGUGAAAUUUACACUGGUGUAUAUCUAAAUGUCAUAAUCAAAUUACCCUUUAAUCCAAUUACAUGGUUAAUAAUUGCUCAUUCACCAGUACAAGGAUUCUCUUUGUAAGCUUUAGUAGUUAGCCAGCACUUAUACAGAGGUGGCACUUAAGGUCAUUCGUGUUCUGCAGAACAGAGCAGGAAGAUGUCACAUAGUAUUUUCUUCUAUUCUUCAUCACAACAGUAGAUGUAGAUGUUUAACACAAUCUACAAUGGUAUCAUGAGCUGAGAACUUUCAGCCUGUUCUUCACUCAUAUAUUAAAUACAGUGGUACCUUGGGUUAAGUACUUAAUUUGUUCCGGAGGUCUGUUCUUAACCUGAAUCUGUUCUUAACCUGAAGCACCACUUUAGCUAAUGGGGCCUCCCGCUGCUGCCGCGCUGCCGGAGCACGAUUUCUGUUCUCAUCCUGAAGCAAAGUUCUUAACCCGAGGUACUAUUUCUGGGUUAGUGGAGUCUGUAACCUGAAGCGUAUGUAACCUGAAGCGUAUGUAACCUGAGGUACCACUGUACAGGUUUUUUUAAGGGUUUUUUAAUGAAUAUAGUUAGUUCUAAAACUUGAUUUAAAAUUAACUUAUAAGUACCAAGCAUUGUUGCUGCUUAAGCAGAAACAGUACCUGGAAUGUGUGCAAAGUUGGUUUUUUCUUUUUAAAAAACACAUUUUAAUAAGCAAUUUUAUACAUUAGCCUUCAGUUCCUCCAGUGCAGACGAAGAUACUCUUAAGACUAUAUUUAUUUUGUUAAAUUAUUUUUCUCCCACCCUUUUAUAUGUAUAUACUCAGGGCAACAUAACAAUCAUAUAAAUAGAUAAAUACAGUAAUGUCUAUCAAAACAAAAGGCAACAACAGUUAAACAUAAUAGUAAAAUCUGAGGGUUGUAAUGCAGCCUAAAAUUAACUUAACCAUCAUUUAUAACUGGGUGGGAGCCUGGGGUCCUCCAGAUGCUUCUGGACUCCAGCUCCUAUUAUUCCAUGGUGGCUGGAACUGAUGGAAAUUGAAGUCAGCAACCACCUGCAUGGCCUUUAUGUUCUCCACCCCUGAUUAUAAAAGUUAAGAGAAAUGGAGAAAUCCUGAUGCUGGGAACCCAAUAUAAGAUGGUGGCUUCCAGGCAAGCUAAGCUGCCUCGGAAGAGCAUUCCAAAGGUUAGGGUGACACAGCUGGGAAGGCCCUUUGCUCAGUUCCCGGUUUCCUCACUGCAGAAUGUGAGGGUACCCAAAAGACGGCUUCAAAAUAUGGAAAUUGUGAAUGGGCCGGUUCAUGUGGCACUUUGUUUUAGUGGCUUAAAAGCAGGCUUUUGCUUUUUUUCAAAUAUUCUCUUAUUUAAUGUGGCUUAUUGAACAAGAUUGGUGAAGGAGGCUGAGCAAAUUCUCAGUCUUUUACAUUGGGACUGUCUAACCUAGAGGAAUGGCAAUGCUGGCCAAAAUAUGUGUUGUGUCCAGAGAGUCAGCAAGGUAACUUAAUUAGUUUUAUUUAGUGUUCCGCCUAAACCCGUCCUCUAAUUUUCUUUCCCUGCAAAGAGAGGCUUCUUCUCCCUCUUUUUUCUCUCUGCCUCAUUUGCAGACUGCUCGAUAAAUAAUUUUAAAAUGUAUAAUUUUGGUUGGUAUUGAGCAGGCUUCCUCAACCUCAGCCCUCCAGAUGUUUUGAGACUACAAGUCCCAUCAUCCCUGACCACUGGUCCUGCUAGCUAGGGAUCAUGGGAGUUGUAGGCCAGAAACAUCUGGAGGGCCGAGGUUGAAGAAGCCUGCUAUUGAGCUUAUUUAAUCUUUGUGAGGUUUCAUUUUGUAUGGCUUUUCUUUCCACGGACCAUUUCUUCAGUGCUCUGCAUUUCCCUGCAGCUGCCCAUUAGUUUCCUGAUCUAAAAAACAAACAAAAACAACCACGUUGGAGGAGAGAUAUCUUCCUCUGGGAUUAAGAGUGGGAACCUGGGGAGAUUGGCUACCAAGUUCCUAAAUUUCUGUGUGUUUGCCAAGUUUCUCUUUAGUAUUAUUUUAAGGUAAAGGUAAAGGGACCCCUGACCAUUAGUCCAGUCAUGGCCGACUCUGGGGUUGCGGUGCUCAUCUCGCUUUAUUGGCCGAGGGAGCCGGCAUACAGCUUCCGGGUCAUGUGGCCAGAAUGACUAAGCCGCUUCUGGCGAACCAGAGCAGCACACGGAAACGCCGUUUACCUUCCCGCUGGAGCGGUACCUAUUUAUCUACUUGCACUUUGACGUGCUUUCAAACUGGCAGGAGCAGGGACCGAGCAACAGGAGCUCACCACCGUCCUUCUGAUCGACAAGUCCUAGGCUCUGUGAUUUAACCCACAGUGCCACCCUAGUCCCAGUGUUAUUUUACCCCCUUUAAAAAAACUUAGGCAGUGAUUCCUUGGAAAUACUAGAGCAAUAAUAUGUAGAAUGAAGCAGUGCCCUCCCUUCUUAAAAAGUGUUUAGGGGUACUCUCAUUUUGACUCAAGAAAAUCACCAUUUUAUAGUUCAAAUCGGGAAAAAUAAAUACAGUAAAUGGACAAAAGUACAAAAAAAUCACAAAAUGUUUAGGGGUAUGCUUACCCCUGCGACUCCCCCCCCCCCCCAGAAAAAAAAGCACUGGAGUGAAGGAAUGGGCAGCCAUCAAAAACAGCGUCCACCUUGAUAGUAAGGUAAAUGCCUUGCACUUCAUCCAUAAGAAUUUUUCUCUCCUUAGAAAAUUAUAAAAUCCAGUGUUUCUCCCCCUCAUUAAUAGAGAAUGGUUGAAAACACUGCAGAAGAAAUUUUCAGCACAGUGCAGUUUCCUAGUGAAGAAGACAACAACAUAGAAUUAUUAAAGUGCUGUUUUUGAAAUUGUGGAUUGGGUCAAAGAAACUGAGCAGCAGGGAAGUAACGUUUGGUUCGUUAAGUGCUGUAAUUGGUAAGCUCUGUAUAGUACUGAAGCUAAUGCAGUCUUUGGAUGCUUAAAUAGAAGCAUAAUGUCUAGAUUACAAGUGUCUAGACUGCAAAAAAAAGUCAUAGUUCUGUUCUAUUAUGCACUUACUGGUCAGACUUCAUGUGAGGUGGCCAGUUCUGGCUACUGUAUUUUAAGGAGGAAACUGGCAAAACCCAUAUUGGUAAGGUCUCUGGAAAUGCAAGUCCCAGGAGGAAUGGCUGAAAGAGAUAAGCAUGCUUGGAAAAGACUAAUGGGAGCAAUAACUGUUUCCUGAUAUCUGAAGGGCUGUUUUGCAGAAGAUGGAGCAGUCUUUUUCUCUACUUUCAGAGCACAGCAUUGGCGCUAAUGGGUAGAAACCAAAUUUUGGUUAAACAUAGGAAGCUUUCCCCAAUCAGUAAGCGCCUCAAUAGUGGUCUAUUUCUUCAUUGGUGGCUUUUAAGCAGAGGCUGUAUUGUAGAGUUACUGUGGAGCAUGGAGCUGACCUCCACAAGUUAUUUCCAGUGCUUGUAACUGUAUUUGAGUUCUAUUGCUUCAGCAUACACAAGCAGAGUAUGAUCUGGGUUUUGCUUCCGUUUACUCUUAGAAAACUCUUGGGCAAAACGUAAAAGGUGCCCAUCUAUGGAUAAUAUAUAUGAUUACAAGUGCAUCUUUGGGAUCCAAAUGAAUGCCUGUAUAUUUCAUGAUAUUUUGAACCAUCAUUGUGCUCUAUGUUCUUGGAAUGGCUCCUUUCCAGUUACUGUAAUCAAUAAAAUGGCAUAGCUGAUCUUCAGUAUAUAAAUUAAAGUAUUAAUUAGCACUUUCUUUUUUUGAGACUGCAUUCCUAACACACACGUAACUAGUGUGGCCUAAAUGUCAAAUUAUUUUUGCUACCAGCAAUGUGCUGAAUAAAAUUAAACUUACUGCGAAGAUUUGUUGCAUAUAAUAUUGAUUUCUUUUCAUCUAGCAUUUUGCAUUCAAGGAAAAGAGGCAGAUUUGAAUGCUGAAGGGACUGUAGUAUUACUUGUUUCCCCCCUUAAAUUUUUGCAAAUGACACCAAGAGAUAAGAGUUAGCAAAAUCUGUUCUACUAACAUGAAACUGAAGGAGAUAAACUGUUAGAUGGUCCCUCUACCACACACAGCUAUCAGAUUGCAUAGGAAGGACAGGAAGUUCAUUCAAGACAACAAAAGGAAAAGGAGGGGCAGAGGUGAGAGAACAAUAGGGGGUAUAUUUGUAGCUCACACAUGGACCAAAUUUAAUCUUGGCAAACGUAUUGAGUUUGACUUAUUUUCACUGUCCAAAAUGUGCAGUUCACUGCCUAGAAAAGCAUGCACUGAUUGGUUUACCAGGGUUAAAACAAAUUUGUACUUUAAACCACAUUGAGUUGCCCCUUGUAAUAAUUCCAACAGUUGUCUCUCUGUGCUAUAGAUUUAACUUGCAGAAGUUAUCUGAUGGGAGGGGAUGACUCAUCUUCCACAGUGAUAACCCUGUUUAUAAGUAGCGAUGGUUCUUAUUGAUCUCAAAAUUUGUGUAUGAGAGGAAUUCAACAUUGCGCUAAGGCAAACGUUCCAUCAGAAAGUAAGCUUACUCAACACAGCAUUUCCCCUCUGCUGCCUGUCUGUGCCCUGUUUUAGGGGUUCUCCCAACCCCAACCAAGCCAAUUUUGGAAGGGGCAAGAGGAAGUCUUUUUGCGCUAGUGGAAGUCCGUGUGUGGGCUUCUGCUAGUUGGGACUAACUAGUUUAAUACAGCCCUAUGUUUCUCAAAUUAGCUUCGCAUAUUAACACAUAUUUCAGGGUCUAACUCAGCAUAUUAUUAAAUAAUUGCAGUCUGUAACUUUUUUGUAAGUAGCUAUCACUACCACCAUAGAACCCCAAAGCACAUUUUUGCUUGGGGAAGUUCAUUUUAGUGGUUUAAAUAGUGACACUUCUUUCCAAUAGUGUGUUUGCGUUUCUAAUUAAAAGCUAAAAGUUGUGUCUCGUCUAGUUUGAGAUCUUUUGUUAAAGCCCAGUGCAUUUUACAAGUUGAAAUCAUGCAGCCAGGAGCAAGCAGUUCAGCGAAGCACAAAUAUUUAUCAUUAUGCCACUGAGCGUGAGAUGCUGUGAAUAAGCAUCUAAAAUGUCCCAGAGUAUAUGUAAGAAUUGCCUUGGGAUCGUUUAUGAUGACCCAACCACAUCAUACAUUUCUUGGUAUUUUUUCCCCCAUUUGCUAAUUCUGUAUCUUUAUUUAUAUUAUAGAAGUAUUUCUCCAUUACACCACUGCUCAGUCUGUAGAGUUUUUGUGGGUUUGGGCUUUAAAUUUUUAGAAACACGUGAUUAAAAAACCCUCAACUGUUUAUUUGAAAAACAGGCUUGGUUUUUUUUAACCCCCUUGGGCUGUUAUCACAUAAUAUGUAUGCACACCAGAGAGUUUGACAUUUCUUUGUUUUGAAAACGGCAACCAAGAUUUUUUGUUGUAACAUUUUACUUUCCAACUUGUUUUCAGAGCUCUUAAUUGAUGAACUGCAACUGAGUAUCCUGACACUUCCCUACUGACCGUGUGUGUUUUAGAAAUGGAGCCAAAAGGAGGCAACCUGACAUUUGGCUUCCAGCGAAGCUCGACAUCUGAUGAUGACUCUGGCUGUGCCCUAGAAGAAUAUGCAUGGGUUCCUCCAGGUCUUAGACCUGAACAGGUAAGAGCAGAAAUUACUCAUUUCAAGUUUACAAAAAGAGGCGGUUCUUUUAUUUGUUAAUUUGAUUUAAAACAUUUUCUACAGCAAGUUAUUUGUCGGACCUUAACUUCUUUGACCCUUAAGUGUCCUUUUGUGCUGACAUGCAUAGUCAGUGGUCCAAAAGCAAAAGAUUAACCCAAUUUCCCCUCACUUAGGCAGCGCUGUUCUCAUGAUUUUCUGCAGGAAAUGAUAGUCAAACUUUGAACUCCUUAACCUUAACUGUGUAGAUGAAGCAAAAGACCUUAUUUUAUAUUGGGGAUUUGACAGUAUUUUUGUUAAUCUUAACUUAAAAACAAUACCACCCACAGAGCAAAAUAAACUUUUGGUGGAAUAAUUUUAUUUUUUGAGACCUACACUGAAAAAAAGGACAAGUUCUUAGUGGAUCUCCACUUUUAUCAGAUGGGAAAUGGAGUUUCUUCCAACCUUCUUCCAAAGAUAAAAAUUCAACAGUUUCUAGCAAAGUUCACAUGGAAAUAAUUAAUUUACAAAACAAUGUUUGUUUCUUUAUUUAACCUGUAAGAUUAAAGCCUGUUGAUUAUAACUGUUAUUUUUUCUGGAUAUCUUCACUCGAUGGGUGAUAAAAUGCAGAAAGAAAAUGUGGAAUUUUAACAGACUUGCUGACAAUCCUUGAAGGAUGUGGAAAUUAGAUGUGCAUAAUUUAUGGCACCCCUAAUUGUCACUGCAAAUAGCAUUCCAAAACAGCAAUUCAACAGCUGGGUGCUGGCUAUCUGAGGCAAUCCAGUUUCACAGAGUUGGCUCACCUGCUCUUCUUAGCAAGAGGAAUGCAAACUUUGCAGAACAUCUAAAGAAGAAAAUCCUAGUGUCUUUUGUUAAAAAACAACAAAACCCUAAGAUAACAGCAGUAGAUAAGAGGGAGCGCAUGGGUCAUUAUGUAUAUUUCUGGUCUCUGUUCAGGUACAGCUCUACUUUGCUUGUUUGUCUGAGGAGAAGAUCCCUUACAUUAACAGUCCAGGAGAAAAACACCGAAUUAAGCAGCUUCUGUAUCAGCUGCCACCCCACGAUAAUGAGGUAGAUAUGGUCAAGCAUUUCUUGUCCUGCAGUCCGGGCGGAGGGACCAAUUUGCUGAAUGUGCAACAAGCCUGCGAUUUCUCAAUUACGGCACUGUGUUAUAAGGAACUAUUAUAUCUGGCCACAGUUCUCCAUUCGCUGGCAAACUCCUGAAUGGAUUACUGUGGUACGUCAUGCAUGGGUCUCCCUUUGAAGACAGUAUAUAGAUGGUUCAGUUGGUACAGAAUAUAGCUAUAUUCGGUACCAACUGAAACUUCUAUAUACUGUCUUCAAAGGCAGACCUAUGCACGACGUAAUGCUGUCAUCAUUUUGACUGCAGAGUUUAUUCGGGUAGUAAGAGUUCCACUUCUUGUUCACUUCUGAGGCCGGGCACUGAUACUUUGAAUGACUUGAGACAUAGCUACCUGAAGUUUCUUCCUCUGUUAGGGGUGUAGGUGACACUAGAAUUUAUGGGAUUACCUGGCACCAGUAUUGCUAUCUUUUCAGCACCAGGCUAUUAAAUAAAACAUCCUAGGCUUUUGAAAUGCAUUUGGCAUUUUACAAUCUUGCUGGCUGUUAGUAUGUGCUGGUUGCUUUACUGUGUGGCUUAUGAUAUUUUAACUUUGUCAAAAGCCCUUCACCAGAUAAUGUUGUAUAGAUUUAGUAAAUAAAAGUGUGUUGCAAGAGAUCACGAGAUUCCCCUCUACAGAGGAAUCUACCUUCUGUGUAUUUGCAUGAUUCCCUGCUCUGGUGUGCCAGCAAACUACUCGGAUAGCAGGUAAAUACUGCUGCAUCUCUGCAUCUGUUGUGAUCAUCAUUCCUGGUGCAAAGAUGCAGAGACACAGCAGGAUGACCUGAAAAGGAGUACACUAGGAAGGCCAACUCACACAGAAACACAGGAGGUGAAGUUCUCUGAGGCAAGUAGCUCUCUUGUACACUGAAUGCAAAUGUCUUUGGAUAUAAGUAACCAAACUUCUCAGCUUUUUCCUUUGAAAAGUACUUGCUUAAUGAUAUCCUACAGUGAGUAUAGGUGCUGGAUGCAGUAGAGGUUUGGGCUGGGCAGGUUGGGUUUGUAGUAUCUCAUUAAAGGUUCUAGACAAGAAGCUACUGUCAAGGCUUGGGGCAAGUACUGUUUGCUAAGUCUCAGGGGUGUAUCAAUUGAAUGUAAUGUUAACUGUGCAAUGUUUUCCCAAACAGCCCUAAAUUACAAAACCCUGAGGCUCAUACAGUGUAUAUACCUAAUCAGGUUUUAAUCUCUUCCAUCCCUUUACUUCACUGUUACAGUCUAAAAGAAAAAAAUCCUGGAAGGAACUCUGCUUAAAGCAUAUUGUAUUAACUUGUAAAACUAAAUAUCCUUAUACCAUCUCCAAAAAGCAACGUCUGCAUAUAGAGUAGAACUGCACACACAUCUUGUGAUGGUUGUCUCAUGUCACUGUACCAGUUCCCAUUACCAAAGACCUGAAUCAUUGAACAGGAGUAAAAAUGUCAGAAGGAAUCUGUUUUCAGCUCUCUUCCAUUUUGAUGGACAUAGUCACUUCUGAGAUAGAUUUCUGAGGAAAGGCAGACUGGUUUUUAUAUAUAUAUAUAAAAGUGCAUUUCUUUCCAAUAUAACUAGCAUAGAUCUUACAGUUGUUAUCCUUUCCUUUUGGUGAAGGUGCGAUACUGUCAGUCUCUAAGUGAAGAAGAGAAGAAGGAACUUCAAAUAUUUAGUUCACAACGAAAGAAGGAAGCUCUGGGACGAGGCACGGUGAAGUUGCUCUCAAGGGGAGUGAUGCAUGCACUUUGUGAGCAGGUAACGUUCUUAUUACCCAAAUUAAAAAUAGUGUUGGACCUGUGUGAAGCUCAACUGUGGAUAUUUAAAUCUACAUAAGAACCAAAGUUAAUGGACUAAAGCUUGAAAACUGCACAAAUUUAAUAAGGCUGCAUAAAAGGUAUGCAGUUCAGCUCUGUUAAAAUGGAAAGAGCAAGUAAAUAUUGAACUAGAAUAAACUGUUAAUUAUGUUAAUUGGAAAAAAGCAGGAUGGAAUUAGGCUAUAAAGUAUGGUGAAGAUCCAACAUUCAUACAACAGAAAACUAAUUUGAACUUGCCUGUUCAUUUGUAUUUUAUUUUCAGUGUGGUACAAAGAUCAGCGGAGGUGAAGUUGCAGUAUUUGCCUCAAGAGCUGGGCCUGGAGUCUGCUGGCACCCAUCCUGCUUUGUGUGUUUCACAUGCAAUGAACUACUAGUUGACUUAAUCUAUUUCUACCAAGAUGGAAAAAUUCAUUGUGGAAGGCACCAUGCUGAACUACUCAAACCGCGUUGCUCGGCAUGUGAUGAGGUAAUACCACAUUCCCAUAACACUUAAAAGCCGGAGGUCGAAAUGAGAAUUGUGUUCUUUGCUCAGUUAAGCAGCUAGCUUCCUGAAGACAACUGAAAACUUAAGGGUUGUAUUCUACUAACUUUUGCUUAGACUAAGACCCACUGAAAUAAACACGUUGAAUACCACCCUGAGAUUCUCUGGACUUUUCACACAUUAACUUCUCCAGUAAAUUGAAGAAACGUUCCUUGCAAAAGAAUAUUGUUAAAUAUAGUGGCUGCAACUGUGCUAUCCACGUCUUUGCCUAAACUAUUUUUCCCCUCCUAGAUUAUUUUUGCUGAUGAAUGCACAGAAGCGGAAGGUCGCCACUGGCACAUGAAACACUUUUGUUGCCUUGAGUGUGAAACCAUCCUUGGAGGACAGAGAUACAUUAUGAAGGACGGGCGCCCAUUCUGUUGUGGCUGCUUUGAGUCCCUCUAUGCAGAGUAUUGUGAGACUUGUGGGGAACACAUAGGUAAGUGUAUGUUAACACAGGGGGAAAAAUGGGUACACUACAAACUAAGCUAGAAGCUCAAGUUUCUAAUCUGUAGAUGAAGGGGUCUCUGAAAAGGAAUGAUAAAGGUGUUGCCUGUUUGUGGGGGGGGACAGCUGGCAUCUAGGGUUUUGUUUUGGGGGGGGCAGGGCUUAAUCUCCCAAGUUUGUGUCUGUUAAUUUAAAAAAUAAGCAUUUAGUAGACUUUAAUCUCAGAAUGAUGACCUCAAAGUCACCACACUUGAUGAAACGCUUCAAGGGGAAGCUCCAGCAUGUUUGCUGAACUAGUUUGCCGGCAAUUUCAAUUUGAUUUAAUUUGAAGUAUGAGUUUCUUUUAUUACUUCAGCUGUGUUAAAUUAGCAUAGAACAGCUCAUUCUGAAAACUGGUAUACCGCCAAGUGAAAACUUUUCAUCCAUCCACUGUUGUGAAGUGGGUUCUGGUGCCACAAAAAGCUUUGUUGCAACAGAUCUGUUAGUCUUCAGCAGGGUGGCUCCGAUUUUUUCUUUUUUAAUUGACACCAGCAUGCUUCUAGCAGACACGCACAAAAAAUUAAUAAUAUCAACUACUCCUUUUCUUAACCAGGGGUUGACCACGCUCAGAUGACUUAUGAUGGACAACAUUGGCAUGCCACAGAAACAUGCUUUUCUUGCGCUCACUGCAAAGUUUCCUUACUUGGCUGCCCUUUCCUUCCCAAGCAAGGACAGAUUUAUUGCUCCAAGUCAUGCAGUCUGGGAGAGGAUGUUCAUGCUUCGGACUCUUCCGACUCCGCUUUCCAGUCUGCCCGCUCGAGAGACUCCAGGAGAAGCGUUCGCAUGGGGAAAAGCAGCCGCUCAGCAGAUCAGUGCAGGCAGUCUCUCCUCUUGUCCCCAGCUCUGAACUACAAAUUCCCUGGCCUUUCUAGCACUGCCGAUGAUACACUCUCACGGAAACUGGAUGACUUAAGUCUUUCAAGGCAAGGAGUAGGAUUUGUUGAUGAAGAGCUCUGGAAAGGAAGGCGGGAGGAAAUGCCUGAUGAUCCAGAAGAAUGGGCUGAGCAUGAAGACUACAUGACUCAGCUGCUCCUAAAGUUUGGCGACAAAGGCCUUUUUCAGCAGCCAGUGGAAGCAGACGUUCGAUCAAACGAGCAGUGGAUUUGCGAGAGCAUGGUGAAAGGCAGAUCAGAGAUGAAGAAAAACAGUCAGAGCCUAGCGAGCAAGAAAUACCACUCAAAUAUGUACUGGGCACAGUCCCAAGAUGGCCUAGGCGACUCUGCAUAUGGUAGCCACCCAGGCCCUGCCAGCAGCAGGAAAAUCCAAGAGUUGGACAUGGAACAUGCCGCAACUAGAUACAAACAUGACCAAAAGCAAUGGUAUGACGAUUCACUGGAGAGAUUGUCAAACCUGAAACAAGAGCAGUGUGUUCGGGAUUCAAUGGAUUCCCUGGCUUUAUCUAAUAUCACAGGUAAGAGGAUCAAGAGAACGUAAUAUGUGAUUUGCACUUCCAUUUAGAAAGCCCUAAUGAUGCCUUCAUCCCGAUAGAUUUGCUUUUUACUAGUAGGCUGCAAGAGGUAUGCUCUGUGCAAGACUUUCUUUCUUUCUCUUGUGCUCGUCAUAUAGAUACCACCUGUGUCAAGGCAUGGGAAUUUAAGAUCACGGAAGAGGGACUUGACGAGAUAGGAGUCUUUGAUACAGGUUUCUUCUCUCUCCAUUACUAGCCAGCUGAACACUGCAUAUGUUUCCGCUGCUGCUUUCCUCCUCCCUUUUGCCUUAGCUGAGCCUGACAAAGGGGAAACUGGGUAGGGGAGAUAAGGGCCUACGAUUUCUACUAACUAUAGGACAGUGGUGUCCAAACCUUUUCAAUGAGGGCCAGAUUUGAUGAAGUGAAGGGCCGACCAAAGUUGUUAACAUUUUUUUUUAGGAUUGAAGCUGUUGAACUUUGUUAUGAUUUUACUCCAAAGUUGUUGAGCUUUUUUAGGGUUGAAGUUGUUGAUUUUACCCCAGGAAAUAAACUGCCACAGGGGCUGGAUUAAACCAACCGUUCUUGUGUCACUAUCCUUCAUAACCCAUACUUGAGUAACUUAGCGAGAGCUGAAAUGUAUAAACAUUUGCAUCUGAACUGUUGGGAAAUAAUGGUGGUGGAUUCAUUAAACCUACUUCAUUAUAAUGUCUUCCUCUUAGGUGCUUCAGUUGAUGGAGAAGUCAAACCAAGACCUUCCUUGUAUUCCUUACAAACCUACCCAGAGCUGGAAGUAGAGGAUUGUGAGAAAAUGAGCAACAUGGGCACUCUGAACUCCUCAAUGCUUCAUAGGAGUACAGAGUCUUUAAAAAGUUUAAGUUCUGAAUUAUGUCAAGGCAAGACACUGCCAGAGGAAAAGCCAAUGCACGUGCCAGUACUGAGAAGAUCCAAAUCGCAGACUAGACCUCAGCAAGUCAAGUUUUCAGAUGAUGUCAUUGACAAUGGAAGUUAUGAGAAUCUUGAAAUCCGCCAGCCUCCUAUGAGUGAAAGGACUCGUAGGCGUGUUUAUAAGUUUGAAGACCCUGGGAAGAGACACCAGCAUCGCCGCAGGAGGAGUAGGAAGUCUAGGUCCGAUAAUGCGCUUCACUUGGUUGCAGAAAGAAAAUCUCCGCCAAAGGAAAGACUUAAUUUUUAUUCUCCUCAGGAUUAUGACAAGUUUGUUCAGAAUAAAGGUCAUGCCGUUCGAGCAUACACUCCAAACCCAUACAGCCAAUAUACUCAUAUUGCCUCUGACUACACAAUGAAGAACCAGAGGGACCAGUUUCUCGGAUUUUUUGGAGAGGAGGAAGACUCUUGGUGCUCGUCUUCAUCCUCCUCGUCCGAUUCUGAAGAAGAAGGGUACUUCUUAGGACAGCCCAUUCCACAGCCCCGACCAGUCAGAUACCCCUACUAUACAGAUAUCCUUUCCAGCCCGACUGCUGAACUCCCAAGUUCUCAGUUUGGACAGAGGGUAACCAAAUCUAAAAAGAGAAAACCUCCCAAAGGCAAAAACUGUAUAAUUUCUUAAUUUUGAACUGUUUCUUCACUCUUCUUCAAAUGUUAUGUACAUAAAUGGUUAAAACAACUUGUGUAACCUGUAACGGGGCAGUCUCUUGUCCAUGUUCUCUAUAAAGGCCUUGCAAUCAAAUCAGUUGAAUCAGGAGGGAGUAGUAGAAGAAUAAAUUGAAAGAGUUUAUAAUACCGGUCAGAUGUGGUUUUAGAGGGCCUUACCAGCAAGAAUGCCAGUCAGUAUCUUAGGUUUAGAACUUGCCUGCUACUUCUGUUGCCUAGCUAAGACACAGUAUCUCAAUUAUAGUGUGCAACCCUAUUCAUCCUAUAGAUAUUACUGUAGCCCAACCAUUUUGAUGCUAAGCAAGAAUGCUGUUUCUGUACAGGGCAAAAGGCGUAUCAGAUUGACUAUUCUAUUUGCUUUGCAUUGUAUCUGAGUGACCCUCAGGUAAAUUAAUUUAAAUAUAUGAUGUUCCUUGCCCUUAAACAUAUGGUGUAAGCUACAGCCCCUACUUAUGAAGUUAAUUGCAUUAAGUCAGUGAGUCUGCUUAUAUUAAACUUUUGUGAAAAUGAGUCUGAGAAUCCUGUAUAUUUGAAACACUACCCUAAGUUCCAAAUGUAGCAUAUAAGCAAAAAUUAGAGCCAUCUGAUAUUUAUAAUGUAGUAUUUCAUAGCUAAAUCUGUAUUUGUAACUUAACAGUGCAAAUAAUGUACAUAUUGUAAAGUUGAGAUUUAACAGACUAUUUUUAUAUCCCUGAAUUGCAAGACAUUUGUUUAAAAUACCAUUAGUUUUGUUUGAGGGUUUAACAGCAGUUUGAGUCAGGCAGGGGUUUGUUAAAUGUUCAUAAGUUUAAAGUAGUGAAAUGUUUAAUUUUUGACGGAAAAGCUCUGUUUUGCAUGGUAGGAGCUAUGUAAAUACUGUUUAAGCUAUGGUACGUAAUAUUAAAGGAAUUAUUUAUGGGUUAAGACAACUAAGUGUGAAGCAACAUUACAACAAAACACUUCAUUUCGACUGUUUCCAUAUGGCAGGCUUGAAUCUAAUAAUUCGCUUUAAAAUGACUAUCUGACCAUUGUGACUAGGUGAAAUGGCCCGUGUUGUAUAGAAGUAGUUGAAAAUUAAAUCAGCUAUAUGGUAGUGUUAAAAGCUGCUUGAUAGCUGGGCUAUAGAGUCCCACUUUCUGCAGCAGGUUUCCUAGUAGCAACCAAGCCACCAAAAGGCAGUAAAGAUGGCCCCUAUGCUGUCAAAGGAAGACUGUGUGGGUGUGUGAAUGCAGAUGUUCUUCCUACAAAAGGCACUGACAUCUUUCAGCUCAUUAUCUACCGUAGUUUUUUUCGCUCCAUAACACGCAGUUUUUUCCUCCUAGAAAGUAAGGGGAAAUGUCUGUGCGUGUUACGGAGUGAAUGCUUCCCUCCUCCGUGGUUUCCAGCGGGAGAAGAGCCGCUGAAUGGGGAGGAGAGAGGGACAGAGUGCCUGCUUCUUUAAAGGAGCAAAGCGGGAGGGGAGAGGAGCCGCUUACACAAGUCUAAGUGGCUACUGUCCGGUUGGCUCCUUUAAAGCAAGCAGGCUCUCUGUAUCGCUCUCUUCCAGCUUUGCUGGAAAUAGCAGGAAAGAUUUUCAGCUCGCUAAGGGGGGAGGGAGGGAAGGAGGGAGAGAAGCAGAACCUGCUUAAGGGGGGGGGGAGGGAGAGAAGCAGAGCCUGCUCCACACGUGCUCCUUGUCCCUUGAGUGCUUUUCUUUCCCUCCCCACUUAAAACGUGGUUACAAAGCACAGAUCCACAUGGAUCCUCAGGAUUUUUGCAUUGGGCUACCCCAAACUCACUGUCAGAUCACAUGUCUGUGGCCACAGCAUGAACCACAAAAAUUAUACAUCCACUGUUUCGUUUAGAAUAUUUUUUUUCUUGUUGUCCUCCUCUAAAAACUGCAUGCGUGUUAUGGUCAGGUGUGUGUUAUCGAGCCAAAAAUAUGGUAAUACCCAAGGAAAGUCUGUGUCUUAGCAGCAUUUGCAACCUGUUAUUUGCUGUUGAUCCACCACAACCAUGUCAAUAGUUCAUAAGCAUAUACUCAACCUGCCUGUACUGAUUAUGUGGACAACUAUUAUGUUGUCCACUUUGGAGAUAACUCAGGCAGCUUAUGACUUAAUUGAUCCUAAUGUGAUGCCAUCCACACUAAGUGUCACACUGGCAAAUCCUUUGAGGUAGUUUACUUAAUCUCAUAUUGCAGGUGAAAGCUAUGAGCAAGGUAACACAUGUUCACUCUCUCGUAUCGGUGGAGGGGAGAAACACACACAUUAAGCAUCCCUGACACUUUUGGAAAUAGUUGUCCGUAUAAUACCACUUCUAGAGUGAUUAUGCUACCCCACAAAAACACACACACACAAAAUCUGAAAUAUGUUUUUAUGUACACAAAUGAAAACACCGGAAGGGGAACAGCAUACCUUUUCUUCCAUUCUUUUUAGGAUUAAAUAAUUCUUUUAAAAAUGCAAAUUGCCAACUUAUUCAGAAGUAUUUUGUUUAAUUUCAGUUUACAAAAGGCUACUUUUUAGUUUAGUUUUACAACAUAACAAAAAACUACCCUAAACACAUAUGUAAAUUUACUCCACCAUUACUACUGUAUAUACGUAGCUAGCUUUGGUAAUGGGGCAUGUCACUUUGUUAAGCAUGUUCUAAUGUAUACUGCAUACAUGGAAUGUACAUCUGCACUGAAAUUCAGAAAUGACCAUAACAAUACCUCAAACAUGUUUUCGCCUUCUUCAGGAAUUUACUUAACUGUUAAUAAUAAAAUAGAUUACUAC